CCAGAGGGAAAUGAGUAGAGGCACACACUAUAUAGGUCCGGUCCCCUUUAUAAAGCCCCUGCAGUUACCAAAGUCUGAUGAAUGAUGAUCAAUGUUACAGACAUGGACUUACUGAGCUUGUUUCUAAUCUCCCUGCUCAUGGCUGGGCACAGCUCUGCUCAGCAACCUACUGAGAGGUAAGACAUGACAGGGGGCAUCCUACUGUGCCAUGUUCCACAGGACCCUGGCAUACUGGCAUUGCUAAAGGGAUGGGAGGCCACUGCCUCUUUACCUUCUAUGGAAUCUAACCUUGGAGGAUAGCUUGGGGUGAUGGGAGUUGCACUUUACAGCAACUCAAGUGCUAUAAGAGUACCUAGGCAUUCACAUAUCAUGGUUUAAAAUCAUUCCAGUUCUAGGCACCAAUCGGUAUAUGUCUGUCUGUCUGUCUCUCUCUCUCUCUCUCGCUGUGCGCCUAUUCAUCUAUCGAUCUCUAUAUAUCUGUCUGUCCAUUAACCCUAUGCUUGCUGUGUUACGUGAAGCUAAUUGCCUGUCUAGAAGAAGCCCAGUGUUGUUGACGUGUGGUUUUUGUCAUAUCACAGGAAGGUUUAUAUCUAUAGAAUUUACAUUAGAACUUGUACACAUUGUGUGAGUUCAGUUUUUAAGGUACUAUGUGUUUUCAUGUAGUUUAGUUGCUGUGCAGUUAAGUGGAAUGAUUAAAUUAGGUGAAAUAGCCCAUUAUCAGUGCCAAGUCACCACCUCAUUGUGUCUAUACAUAUAUUACUUACUAUAAAAAUACACCAGAUAUCUGUGCCAUUCCCCCUACCUCUAACAUCUCAAAAUCACUUAUUUACCUGUUAAUUCUAACCCGAUGGCUUGUCUCUAUUUCUAAAAGUAAAGCUAAAUGCACUGAUCACAUUGUCACUGUCAGGUAUUGCUCAUAUUAUUCCAUUUCAGCUCCUCAGAUCUAUCCCUACUGUCCACUGACAUAAACAUCCUAAAAUCAUCCCCUUAUAUCUGCCCCACAUCCUGCAAUGAUCUAGACCUGACACUCACCCAUGAUCGAAAGACAGGCAAGUUAAACUGCCACUGCAACUACUGGAUAUCUUUGGUCUUCUUUGGCCGAGGAGGACUGAGCAUAGAUAAAACAUAGUUUGUCCAUAUGUGCAAAUCGCAAAUCCAUUUAUUUUUUAAUAAACCAAAUUUGAACAAUUUGGAACGCCUGACAAGCUCUGCCUAGUUUGUUGUUUCACAUUAUACUAUGCCAGACAAUCAGAGUUAUCCAGUGUUUACAAGCAUUGUAAAUUGUCUCUCAACCUAAGAUUCAUUAAACCAGUCAUUAAAUCUUUGUGUUAAUAGCAUCCUUACUAUAACAAGGCAUUGGUUGGCAAUUUAAGCAGGGAGUCUCACAACAUGUCUUCCCAGUCCCAAUGUGGCAAUAGACCAAAACGUAGGGAACGUGUGAAUAUUGUAUCAUGGCAUUGAUUCUUCUGUCUGGUUUAACCCAUACAACAUGGAGUUCAGGACUGAAGGCAGGCCAGGUCUUCAGAUUGUGUUGUACUUUUUUAAUAAAAUAGUUACCUUACUUUGAGGAAUAUUUCCAGUCUUGAAAAGGUAAGCAACUGACCAUAAGUGUUGCUUUGUCUCUCUUGAUUUUUGUUUAUCUGCUUUUUAUUCUGUUUCUUGGAUAUCAUGCACUUAAAGCCUAUCUACCUCUAAUUUUGAACUGACCAUAAUGGUAUCAUCUGCAUUGCGGUUGAACUUUCAAGAACCUGGAAAACAGUACCCAACAUGUUGCUAGCAAAUCUAUUCUAGGUAUUGGAAAACAACCAACUCCUCAGUGCUUGAGAGUGGAAGUCAUUAUUGUAACACUCAUUCAGAACCAACCUUCACACAUGCCUAGCCAACCCGCUCUGUCUAGUACACGUGCUCAGCAGUUGGACACAACAUAGACUCACAGUUUUUCUGUUCUUUGAACCAAACAUAUUCUCCUCUUACUCAACAUUGCCAUUGUUUUCUUUGGAGGAACUCUCAAGUUCUGGCUUCUCAGAAUCUUGGAACAUUUGUUGUUGAAACAUCUGCACAAGCAGUAGCAGUUGGCUGAACAUGUAAUUCAGGAGGAGUAAAUUGUCAAUUCUGCUGAAACUCUGACUUCAUUAAGCUUGCUCUCUUAUUCUGAGGUCACUUGACCUGCCUAACUCCCAAUAUCCUGAAGGUCUGUUUCUUUGUUUUUCAAUACUUUGAUGGUCUCAGCCACACCAUUUACAGACACAGUCAAAGAGUUUGCUAUAAGCCUUAGUGAUUGAACUUAAUUUCUUAAAAUAAUUACAGACCAUAAGCUCUGCAAAUUACUUUGAGUAAAUUAGACUGUUCAUUGCUAGCAUUGCUUAGGACACUGUUCUAAAAAGAAGUUGUAAAGGUCACAUAAGAUAUUGAUUCAGGGACAUAAGAGAGUGCUUCAUGUGUCUUCAGAAUUCACCUGGGAAUUAAGCUCCACACCUAAAUGCAGAAUGAUGUCUCAUUAACACAGAUCUUGACAAAUUUUAAGUCAAAUCUGUGUAGAGCUGCUGGUGAAGAGGUCCCAUGAGAGAAUUGAUUAUUCUGGUGUGAAAUGACAAGUGUAAUAUCUGGUUGAAUUCCAUAUGGUUUUGGGCAGUUUAGCAUGCAUUAUUCCAAUAUCACGUGCAGUUCCAGGUAAAUUGUAUAAUGACAGCGGGAAAUCAGCAGUUGUCACUAUACAAAUAUUUCUGACAGCAACUGAAGAGGACUAGGGCAUUGGUUAGGGCAGGUAGUUGAAUAACAUAAUGUUUUCAACCUAAUUUUGAUACCUAUACAUUAUCUGCUUACGAUGAGUCUGAUUCUCUUGUUUUUUUAGCUAUCUUUUUCCUGUUUAAUUACUACGAAUUCUAGAAAGGCUCUAUCACUGCACUUUGUACAUACAUAAGGAAGGUUGCCAAGUCAGAGAGGCAAGAAAUAUGCCUCCAUGAGAGUCAUGACUCAGAAAGAGUAGGGUUGAAGUUAAAUAGCAUCAAGGUUCUUCACAUGAUACAAAGGAAAACAUGUCAGAGAAUUUGAAGGAUAAAAAGUGUCACACAGUCAUUAUUCAUGGAAAGUGUGUUAAAAUACAGAAAACAAAAGUAAAAGAUAUCUUAUAGUAAGUGAACAGAGAACAAUGUUUGUAAAACCUAAUAAAGUAAUAGAUGUCUGAAAACCAAGAUAUAGCUUAUAAACAUAAACAAAUUGUCAAAACGGAUCCCCAAUCAAAUGUUCUUGUACUACAGCUCCCAUAAUACCAAUUAAAGCAACGGAUGGCUGAGAAUUUAAGGCAGCAUUGUCAUACAUCUGUUUAAUCUCAGUGUGACAGCCCUGAUAUAGAGUUUACUAAUUCAAGAUAGAUAUCUUGAAUUACAUUAGACUGGUGCACGGCAAGUUUUUUCAGUUCUUCCAAACAAAAUUAUCCAAAUUGAAAAUUUUGUUUGGGACCUGUGACGUGCAGCAAUUUGCUGUCUAAAUUUAGCCAAAAUUCAGCUUUACCAGACACCUCCACAACACAAGGGUUAAACAUGUGGAGGGUGAAAUUCACGUUAAAUGCUCACCUUAGUGAAUAACUCUGACAGAGUGCAAACAAAAACACACAUAAACUCUCUUUCACAAGAACAAACUGAUAACAGAAUGUGCAACAAAGGAAGUUUAGACAUAAGAGCUCUUCUUACAGGACAUGUGAAGGGAAACUGUGUAGGUCACAUGCAAGGGAGGUGUGGCUAGGUCUACAUAAACAAUGCUAUUUAACGCUUAAUGGCAGAUAACUGAGCAGUUAGAGAGCAGGGAUAUGAUCUAUGCACCACAAUUACACUAAAGUUGUUAUGGUGCUCAUAUUGUCCCUCUAAAGAGAUUUUUCAUAAACAGUUAGGAUAAAGGUACAUUGUUCAUAAAAGAAACAAAAAUACAAAAAUGAAACUAAUGUAAAAAUGAGUCUGCACUCCCACAAAAGGUGCAGAUAUUUUCCAAUGUCCUCACCUAGAUUAUAUUUUAAGUUUAGUUAUUUUUUAGUCAGUCAAAUUAUGAUUAUUUAGCAUACCUUAGAAACAAGGAGAUUUAGAAACAAAUAUGCAUUUGAAUAUAUAUUUAUUCUUUAAAUAGCAUCAAAUAUAGCAUUAAAGUGUCUCUUUCACAGUCUGGAGCAUUUGCAUAAAUUGCAAAGACCCCAGAUGGUGACAUCACCGCUGAGUGUCCGGUGGCAGGGUGCAAGGUUACGUGAAAUUUACUUACCUGAACCUAUCGCUCGUAGGCACCACCAUCUUGAUCCACUGCAUCCUCUUUAGCUGCCAAAGGCCGACAUCAGAGCUGUACUCACAAGGAUGUGCGUGAGUAGGUAAUUCCUCCUUUUGUCAAGCUUGUCAAGCACUGGAAAAAUAAUCUUCAUGAAACACUCAUUUUGGAGGGGGAGGUGGGGCACCCAUUUUAAUUAUUAUAUGUAACAUAGCGGUUGAAGAUAGGAUGAGAAAAGUAUAUCUACACAGGUCCUACAGUUUGUUUCUGGUAUACUGGUACAAAACCCGCUAAUUGCUACACACAAUUAACCUUUCCAAACCAGGCACCUACUGGAGAUGCCAAUGUGCACCUGGCUUCCAGCAACAUAUCUGGUCGGAAUGCCCCAUGAUCUGACCCUACAGGACCUCUAUAGACAAAAUCCUCCAACAAUUCUCAGACGACCCCCCCACCCCUAAAACCAGCAUCAUUCCUCUUACUUCACACUACACAAUGCUCAUCGACAUACAAAAAAUCUGUCACCAUCAGGAUCCUCAAGGUAGCCAAAAGUUUAAUUCCCAUUUUGUAGAGACAGAAUGUGGCUCCCCCUAUGGUCCUUUGGUUCCAACGCAUGGAGGAGCUCCACUCUUUGGAAGAGCUGAACUCACACGCAGAAUGUAGAUCACAGACCUAACUGAUGACCUGGACUCACUGGAUCUUGACAAAAGACUCAACUGACUUCAGGGCCCUACUCGGGGUAUAGGGAGCCAUAGGCAAAAUAUAUUCAACCCAUGAUUCCACACCAGGCUUACCACUUGGAAUGAAGUGCAUGAUACAAUAGAUAUUCCUCUUCUGCAACUGUCAUUAGUCUAAUACUAUCCUUACCUUUUUGUGUCAUUUUACCCCACUCCCUCUAGCAUGUAAGCUCAUUGAGCAGGGCCCUCAACCCCUUUGUUCCUGUGUGUCCAACUUGUCUGGUUACAACUACAUGUCUGUUCGUCCACCCAUUGUAAAGCGCUGCGGAAUUUGACGGCACUCUAUAAAUAUCAUAAUAAUAAUAAUAAUAUUCCUGAGAGAGCUGAGAGAAAUAUUGAAUAAGGAAACUAGCAGCAAUUCCCCCAUGCCAACCACCCCCACCCUUCUUCCUUCCUCUCCCCACCCUUUUUAUUCUCUCUCUCUCUUUCCUCUUCUAGUUCUACAUCCUUCCACUGAAUGAACACACGUGGGCACCCUUCCCUCCUCGAGGGUCGAGGGUGUGCCGUAUGCGGCACACAUUCCAUUAUCGAUGCGAUUCUCCUAAUAAACAGAUAUUUACAACAAAUAAAAGUAUUGUGGCGGAACCAGCCUCGCCACUGGGCAUUGGAGAAGACUGAUUGCCAGCCUCCCUCCCUGUGACUAUGGCCCCAUGUUGAAAUGCUGGAUUUUCCCCUGCAAAGACCCGAAAGCCGGGUCAUUUGGUACUUUCCCUAUGUGAGCAGUGUUACCCCAGAUAGCUAUGCCAUGGAGCCCAUUCGUAUAACGAAAGACUAUGUGAAAGACUUUGGCUCCAUGGCAUUUGAACUGUAUGUAUGUGAUCUGAGCGCCAUUCAGUAAUAAUUUGCGCUCAGAUCUAAGCUAUCUGGGGAUAUGUUGAGAUCGUUUCUGUUUUAUGCAAUAGCUGCACAGUUAUAUGUUUUUAUGUAUUUUAUUGUAUUUUGCUACCAUGUGGCUAAUGGAGUUUUGCCUCUGUCCUUGGAGACAAUUGGAUUACUUCUCAAUUAUCUCCAGGAUAGAAGACUCUGUGGAACUGGUUUUGGGCAGAAAAACCAUGCUUCAUUUUGUCAAAUAGGACUUUCACUUAACUUUUUAACCCCUGAACCGAUUGCCCUGAUUUUUGAGUAUGUGUAUAUUUCAAGCAUGCGGAUUCUGAAAAUGUUUUAUGUGAAUGGCAUGUAUAUUUUGGAAGUUAUUAAUAUUUUGUAAAAACUGUAUUUCUCUGCCUGUGAUAAUUAUAUUACCCAUUGUGUUCAGUAAUCAUAUCACAGGCAGAGGGGAGGAUUUUGUGUGGGAGUGUCUGUGUGUAUUGUACGGAUUGAUUGGUUGUAUUUCAAAACCUUGUGGGCAGUACUAUGUUUGUGGAUUGUGAAUAAAAGAGGCUGUAUGUGCCAGUACAGUCAGUUCUGCUUGACCUCAAAACGAAGUGUCGUCUCGUUAUUGGGGGAAUUGGAUUGUAUGCUGAUUGCCAGGAGUGUAAGCUGCAUUCGUAUGCUUCUCCGGUUCGGUGGUUGUGGUGUCUGCUGCAGUGCUUGGAGUCCUCAGUAAGCGCUAGGAGCAUCCUUCAACGGAGGUACCCAGUCGGGGUGCCAGGUGAUCCGUUAAAUUGGUGGCAGCAGUGGGAUGGCGUCCUAGUGCGAGGUAAAGCAGCUCAGAGACACCAUUUGUGGAGUUACAAAUUGAGGGCAACGCUAGCACUCGUGCAGCGCCCCUGGGAGCAGAGGUAUCCAGCGACUUGGAGCAGACAGGUAUGGAAGGCUCUGGCUCUGAAGAUGAUUGGCUAGCCGAGGUGAGGCAGCGAGUGGCCCAGUAUGGGGAUGAUGUGCCCAUGGAGAUAUGCCGGGUGAUCUGGAACCAGGUCACAGCCGAGCGAAACACAAGGCUGGACCGAGAAUUCCGGCUGGCGAAAGAGAGAGAGUAUGCUCAGCGGAAGGAGUGUUACAGCAGCCGAGUAGAGGCUGCAUCCGAGGAGGUUAGCCGUCUUCCCCUGAGGUGGCCGGAGGAACCCGAAGUAGGGAUCCUCAUAGACUGGUCCUGUGAGGAACCACAACAGGCAGGUGGAGAUGGGACCGAGGUCUCUGCACCGGGCCCACCAGGAUGCUGGGCAGCCGGCCCAGAUCCCCAGCAGCAGCCGGAGUUGCGAGGUGUGGAAGCAGGUGGUCCUUACUCGCAAAUGUUGAGAGACCUCACAGACUGGUCCUGGGAAGACCUACAGAUGGCAGGUGGAGAUGGGACGGCGGUCUCUCUACCGGCCCUACAGGGAUGCUGGGCGGUUGGCCCAGAUCCCCAGUGGCAGUUUGUAUCACAGGUAUAUAUAUAUUUUUAGGAACAAUACAUUUUUGUGCUAAAUGAACACUCAAAUGAAAAAAAAAUUGUAUAAAUAUUUCAACACCAAAGAAUGAAUAAGGUGGCGCAAAACUGAUUUUAAAGUGCAAGUGUAAAUAUCCAAUUAUGUACUAUAUCACUAAAUAAUACAUGCAGCAAACAAACAACCCAUAAAUUGGUGGCAAUAUCAAAUAAAACAGCACACAAUUAUCUUGCAAUAUAUCUCUUGCCAAUAAAAACAAAUUAGUCAACCACUAAACGAGUGUACAAUAUCAAUUAAAGCAGUGCACGAUUAUCAAUUAUAAUAUAUAUCAUGCAAAAAGACACCAAUUAAGGUGCAUGAGUGGCCACUAAUUAUUCAUACAAUACUAGCACGUAGAUUAAUUUACAGAAGCUGAGACAAUAGGGUAACAUUUUUCAUGUGGAAAUGUUUAUACUGGUUACCUAGAAUCAUUUGUCAGUAAGGACCCACAUUUAAACUUGGAGGUAAAGCAUAUUUCUGACUUUUCACAAUUUAAAAGUUGCUUCAUUCCUCACUAACAUGUGUAGCUCUUUCAUUUGCAAAACCUGAAUGAGAUCAUACAGCGAUUUAUACUAGUGUGAUUUCCAUUUUACUUAGACAGAAACCUAAACCCUAACAUUGUCUAUGAAUCACAUUAUCAUACCUCUCAGCACUUCAAAGGGACAAGGAGGAAAACACUUUAAUUCUAGGGGUGGCUUGCUUUUAUGAGGGAUGUUAUCAGGUCAUGUUCAUGCCUUUUAGUCCCCUUUCUUUAUUUUUUCAGAACCAAUCUGUCCUUCAUGUGGACCACAACUGUCUUUUCCACCAUUUCUCUAUGCGUUCCAUGUGUGCAAUGUUUUCUUAAUUCGUCUAUGUGUCUUUCUCUCUGUCCGUUACUUGUCUUUGUUCUCCUUUCUUCCCUUUGUUUUCCUAUUGGUUAGGACCUUCUAUCUCGCCGUCUUUGUCCCACCCAUGGCCAUACUUGCGUUUCUCUGCUUGCAGAAUUCCAGAGACUUACAAGUUUAUGGAGCAACAUUUGUUGGUUUUCCUCUAUAACUUGUAUUUCUCAUUAAUGGAACUAUAGAUGAUACAAUAGGUGCUGAUACUCAGAGGGAUGACUCCUGCAUAAAACACUAAGCAAAUCUAUCAGAGGAGGUAGUAACAUGCAUGGCAGGUUAAGGCAGGAUAAGCACAAAGCAUUCCCCUGACAUGUGCUAGUAUAGUGUUGGGUUUAUAGCUGCUACAGCAAUGGUUGCAAAUAGUUGCAGUAAUAAGAAACAAAGAGAAAGGAGAUGGCCAGGAAUUUACUUACACCAUAAUCUAUGCAAGUCUAGGUUGUUAAAAAGACACUAUAGUCACUAGAACAACUACAGAUUAACGUAGUUGCUCUGGUGUCUAUAGUCAGCGCCUGCAUGUUUUUUAAUGUAAAUACUGCCUUUUCAGAGAAAAGGCAGUUUUUACAUUGCUGUGUAGGAACUCCUCUAGCGGCAAAAUGUACAUGGAGGUGCUGAACGUUCCUCUUAGAGGUGCAUUGAUUCAGUGCAUCUCUAUGAGGAGAUGCUGAUUGGUGCAGUACAGCAUUUUGCCGUUCGUGCACAAUAGCCUCCCAAUGCUUUCCUCUGGUAAAGCAUUAAUUGGCUGAGGUCGUCAAGUUUCAUGAUCUCAGCCCUUUAUAAUGUGGGCAGGGGGGGGGAGGGGGAGGGGCGGUACCUAAACUGUUAUUUUAGAACUAUAGUGUGAAGAAUACACAUUUACAUUCCUGACACUAUAGUGUUCCUUUAAGGUCUUGUACAAUACCUCUCAUAUAUUUUGGACAACAUCUCCAAACAUGCUCAGUCAGCCAUAAUAUUCAUUGUACUUUAAAGAAUUUUCUAAUUUCCAUUACAUCUCAGAUUAAGCUUUUGUAAAAGUGUGCUUUCAUGGGUCCCUGCAUCGCCCCAAUCACAGCCCAGCUUGAUCAAGUGAAUCAUUGGGAGGCUACAAGAACACGCAAAGCAGUAAAUUUAACUCAGACCCUUGAAUGCACUCUUCUUUAUGAUUUAUUAUACCAUAUCCCUCAAACCACAAAAAUAAAAUCAACACAUUUAUCAUCCUGUCUACUAGUUUUAUUCCUCUUCUUAAUGUAUAAAAGUCAAACCCUGUUAGUCUGUAAUAUUUAUUUUACGAUCCUUCUCAUACGUGAUCUUUUUCCAUAUUCCUCAGUUUUGCUCAGACCGUUUCCUUCAGUGUCUCGCCAAACUCAAAUGUCCUAUCUUUCCUCCCAGCUGUGUGAGUCACAUUCUGACUCCAUGGGUCUAGUUAGCUUUAGUAACCUAGGCUGUCUUGACCAUUUAUUAUAUUUGCUACGUUAUUUUUCUACUGCAUCUUUUUUCUAGUGCAACAUCACCUAUUUUGUUCUCAUUUUCUUUCUCUAUAUUCUGGAUGAUGAGAUUCUAAUAAUCAUCCAACGUGUUUAUUUAAAUUUUUUAUAUAAGUAAUUUUUAUUGUAUUUCAAUAUAAAAAGACGUAACAGUCAGAAAUAUUAUCAUUGAGCAAUAAGGUUUCCUAAGUUUCCCAAAUUUAACUUUCUGACAUAGACAACUUGUUUAUUUUAUCUGACAUAUGAAGACAAACUUUUUAGCUUGUAUCUAGAUAGCAAAAACACCUUUCAUCCCAAAGCUAAAUUUUAUGGAUCCUCCCACAUAUAUUGACUUAUGCCCCUUACAAUAUCUCAGCCUAUCUCACAUCCUACGUCAAAACCUAAACCCUAACAUUGUCUAUGAAUCACAUUAUCAUACCUCUCAGCACUUCAAAUGGACAAGGAGGAAAACACUUUAAUUCUAGGGGUGGAAGUGGAAGUGUGGCAAGGAAUCGGGCUGUUAUGAGAAAUUUUAGGUGCCCUAUAACAACUAAAAUGUAAUUCAGACCUUAAACAACAUAUCUUAUUUACAAAAACUGAUUCCUAAGCACAUUUAUUGUAGUAUAAAGGAACAUUAACUCAGACACACCAACAGUAUGGAUAUUUUAAAUAGUAGGGACAUUAGGAUAGCAAAAAGGGCAUAGAGAGUGGGGCCCACAAUACGGACUGUCACUCCUAAAUAGGGACACUUGAGAGGUAUGCAUUAUGACACCAAAUCUUUGAAAUAAUUCAGAGCAUUAUAUUCAAAUAUUUAGAAAUGCUACACAUUCCUUAUUAACUAUCAUGUCGGAUUCAUCAUUGGUGUUAUAAAUAAGGGGAUUUUUAAUAUUACAUUUUCUAUUAAAUUAGAUAUGUAUUUCUGAGGUGUGGUAAAUAAAAUUAAAUGUAGAAAUUCACACUUCUUUAUCUAUCAUUUGUGCCUGUCAGUCAGCACAGAGAAAGCAUACAGAGAAGCGGCGAACCCAAACAGUGUUUCUUUUUCAUCUCCUAAUUUGCAUUGUAUGCCAUGGCUGUGCCUGGGCUGAACUAGACUAUGAUGUCAUGUGAUACAUCUUUAAUACACACUUAAUAGAAAAUGGAGCACCAAUUGGCAAAAAGAUCAAACAAGCUAUAGGUGGUUUUCAAUGUUUGAUUCAGUGGUCUGAUUUAAAAAAAAAAAGGGACAGUUCCCUUUUAAAGGGACAAAAUAUGCAACAGUGAAUCACAGAAUAUUGAGGAAGGGACUCACGGCAGAGGUUUAAGGGAUAUUGAGAUUGGGCUCAGCCACAGUUUCAGUUGUCAGAUGACAACUUUCUGUUGAAAGAUCUGAUAGCAGCCGCACCCCCGACAGGAUAAUUACUGCUCAAUUUACAGUUUUGUGUAUUUAUGAUGUGUGCAAAGAUCUCCUGGGCUGCCAACCUAUCAUGCAUGUGACAGUGCCACAAUUUUUUUCCAAAUAUAGCGUGAGAAGGAAGAGAUGUCUGCCCAGGCAGUUUCGUCCUGUGACAUCAUUGAUCCAGAGGAGCAGUCUUAUAUCUGCAGAGAUAUUUGCAAGUUACUGUAGUUAUAUUCCACUCUAAGUCUGGAGACAGAGAGCAGGGUACUCUCUGCACCAUAACAACCUCCGAUGAAGCAAUGUUUUCACGGUGCAUUGAAAUACCAUUUAAAUACACAUCUACAUUCACAUUAUACAUAGAGACAGCUAUACAUUACAGUUCGUAAAUAAUACACAAAGCGAUGAAUUUAUAAUAUAGUUGAAGACACCCAGGAGGCCCAGAUUGCUGUCAAUCCGCUCCUGCAUAUUAAAAUUGUGCUGUACUCUGAUCCAUCUGUUUUGUGCAGAGCUAAUUCAGGGACUCCUUGCGAAAACAUAUUGUUGUGUAUCCUAACACAUAUGAGCUCAUAGCCUGGCAAAAGACUCUGUUUUGAUUUUAACAAAAGGAGGUGCAUCACAACUCUGAUUUACUAUAACCCUGUUGUUUUCUUUGUUUUGUUAUUUUUAUUGCUACAAUUUUAUACAUAUCCCUAAAAUUGUUCACUCUUUCCAUGGAAUAUGUUUUGCUUGCUGUAUAACUGUAUUAGUUUGUUUGUUUUGUAUAAGUAUCAAAUGGUUCAUGGUUAGUAUGAGUUAUCAAUACUAGCCUUUGCCACCACAAAAGCAGAAACCAGAGCAUUAGAUAUGUUGAGUUUUGUGGGCAAUGUAGGUCAGAAACUCUUGGGAGUGCCAAAUUUAACAAUCAUUGCCCUAAUAAAAGUCUGUGACUAAAUUGUGCCAUUAAACUCAGAGUGAUUGAUGAACGAGGCUGAAUAUCAUGUUAAGAUUUCUCAGAGAUGAAUGCUACUGGACAAAUUGAUUGUCUAAGCUAAGAUGUGUUUCUGUAGAGCUGUAAAAUCAUGGCAAUGAAAUGAAAAUACAAAUAAAUUGAGAAUACAGUAUUUUUUUCUAACAACCUGAAAAUGACCAUUUUAUAGAAAAUAGUGACUUUUGCUCCCCACCACAGACAUUACAUACUUCUGGUAGAGUUGGCAACAAAUAAAAACAACUUUGAUGUCACUGAAUGGUUGAGUAAAUUUGAGCAAAUAGUAAUUUUGUAGGUGUUUUCUACUAUAUUUAAGGUACGUUUCAGUUCUACAGUCCUCAAAUGUAUAAUAACAAUAAAUUAGAAAAUCUUUAAAUAUGACCCAUUUUAGUUUACUUGUGUUCAUUCACCAUGACUAGGAUGUUAGUGUUUGAGCUAUUAAUUUUACUGGAAACUAUUGCAUAACCCAGAAAACGAGCAUGUUUUUCAGAAUGUCUCAGGGGAUUUGCAAAGAACGCUGGCAUUCAUCGCAGUGGCUUGAAGUGACAAGACAAGCAUGUUUGCCAUCUCUCAGAGCUUCGAUCACAUACACUCUGGGGGAGAUUUAUCAAAGUGUCGCUAACAUUUUUUCCAUGCAAUUUUUGGCACAAUAUAUUAAAUAUGUUGGAUUUUUUAUCUUUGAGUAUGUACCAUUUGUUUUCAAAAACACAAAACAUUUAUGAAUUUUACCUGCCACUAUAGUUUUGGCCUUCUUCUGAAAUGGAAAUUUCUGGGAAAAAAAAAGUUCAAAAUGUACUUUUUGUCAGAUCACUUUAAUGAAUCGGAAAAAAAUAAAGAUGACAUUUAACUUCCACUUUUCAGAGGUCUUUGAUAAAUAUCCCAAUCUGUGUGCUUGUAGACUGGCAGUAAUUCCUUGGUAUGUCCUUGAACACAUAUGGCACUUUGAUAGCCUUAUAUAGUCAUCCCCUUGUAUUUCCAACAUGAAGAAGACAUGUCCUGUAUCUAUACCUGAUAUAUAAGUAUUGCAUUGGCUUAAACAAUAUUAAGGCCCUUCUAAAUCAUCCCUUUCAUCCUGGUUGGUUUCUAUCCUAUAUGUCAUCUCCUUCAUGCUGGCCUCCUGGCCUAUAAAUUUUCUACACCCUUGGCCAGCUAUCUUCUCUUGCCUGUUCCCGACCCGACAGAUGUAGUUCAGAAAUUAAAGGGCUUCAUAAUGUCUAACCCAGCUGUAACGUAAAUUACAAACCAGGGUGUGAUCAUAUGAAAUGAUAUAGUUAUCGCUUUUUGAUUCCACUUGCCAUAGAAAGUAAAGCCAAACUAUGUGUUUUGCAAACUUUGCAACACCUUUUAACUUUCCAUCCCAUAAGAAUGUUUAUUACAUAACUGGAGUGUAAGUGCAUUGUUAGUAUUUGUGUAUGAAGUAUGGAUGCAUUGCAAAGCACAGUAUUUCAUUGAAGGGGUUAAGCACUAUAACUAUAUAUGUGAUGAAUAUUUCUGGUGAAACCUGUUUUGUGCUAAGUUGCUGCAUUUUUCCACCACCCUAGGCAAACCUUCACGUGUGGUGGGAAUCUCACUGGAGACACAGGAGUACUGGGAAGUGAAGGGUUUCCUGGAGUUUAUCCACCAAACAGCAAAUGCACAUGGAAGAUUACAGUAGGUGGAUUAUUUAUUUUUAUUGUCUGUUUUGUUGUGACCAUUUCCCCUCUGAGCUAAAUGCUGGAAGCCCUUAUGUUAUUUCACUUUGAGUAUUUACCUUUCCAUCAUUUUAAUUGGGCUUAUGGUUCCUUUGGUAACACCAAAGUCUACAGAGAUUGCAUAUGGUCCAGUUCUUCUAGAUACGGGUUGUCCAGCCAGCAAUGAGCAACCCAUGCUAUGAAGAUCCCAGUUCUGUAGUGCCUCAUUUCUUUAAAUGACUCCAUUAACAUAAAUAGAGCAAACUAGAGCGUGUAGAAUCCUGGACGAGUCAGUGUAGCCUCUUUUAAUAACUGUAAUGGACUGGGGUGUUACAGCCUCAUGUCCUUCAAAUACAAUUCUAUUUCAUGAGUUGUGACACCAUUAUUUUCCUUUAUUUAUGUUUUGUUUAUUGUGUAUCUUUAAAAUAUAUAGUGCUGACAUAGUACUGUGGAAAAGUAAUUUAGCCUAAAUCGUUCUAAGACUAAAAAACAACCAAAAAAAACCCACAUAAUUAUUGAAAGGCAUAUUGUUCAUGCCCCGUUUCUGUUCACUGUUCCCUUAUGUAAAAUAAUGCCAUUGUCUCAUCUUUGUGGAUUAUGCCUGCGAGUUGAAUAAAAUAACGUGCCCUUACAGGCUGUUAAUUGUUGUUUAUCAGAUGUUCAUACGUACCAAGUACUGCAGAGAAAGUCUAUUUUACCGAUAGGAAUUGCAAAUGUACAAAAAGUAAAAUGACAUUGAGCUGCUAGUUGCAACUUACCAUGAUCUGACACAUAGACGCAUUUAAGGCACAUUUAUGAUGAUUAUUUUUCAUGCAUGAGAAACUUGACACGUCUUUUGUUGGACCAUUUUUAUUAUUAGACUUACUGCGGGCGUCAGAAUCCUGGCUGCUUCAUCUAGAAAGGACCCACCCGGGCAUGUGUAUUAUUGUACAUAGUUCCAGGUUCUACUUGGCUGCCUAAAAUUAUUUAAAAAUUUAACUCAUUCAGAUGGAGAUUGAAAGUUAUGCAAAAAGUCUGAGCCAUAUUAGACAUUUGCAGCUACUCACUGUUGGCUGUUUACUGUCAGUCUGUUUUGCUUUGUGAUACAAUUAUAUGUAUUGUAUGCGUAUGUUUUACCUCCUCCCCGUUCAGGAAGCCCCAUAUGAACAAGUUCUGUUUUCCUCCCAAAUGGGAACCACCCCAAUACCCCAUUUAGAACGUUCAGUUAGCCUCAGCGCGUGCUGUCCCUGGGUGGCAGCCUGUUUGUUAGACGAACGUCAUCCAGGGGGAGCAUUUGCAGAUUUCUUCCCACCUUGUAUGACUCCCGAACGAGGACCUCCCCAGUGCCCCUUGGAAUGUUCACACGAAUCAAUUAGAACGUUGACAAGUGGCAAAAUAAGUGACGGACAAUGGCCAGGGGGAGCAUUCGUGUCCCGAAUGGGGACGCUGCCCUUACCUGGUUUCACCCAGGGAUCCCACGAACUGAGGCAGUCACCAUUCGAGGGGAUCCCUAAAAUUGGUGGGGACACUUUCUUAGGAACAAUGGCGGUUUGGCUGGCUUUCUGUGCCUGGGAGCCAAGGAGGCAGGAAUCUUUUCCGCGCUGGGAUUCCCCGGUACAGAGAGUCCUGGGAAGAAGACCUCCCCCCCACCACGGAAGUGGGAAACCCUAUAUUUGGGUGUCAGGAACUGGGGACAAAGAGACUGGAGUUCCUGUCACACGCCCAGACCCCUGAGAGGGGGAGAACCCUGAGAGGGGACACUGAGUGGCGGGAACAAGGGACAACAAAGAGACUGGGGUUCCAGUUCCGUCGGGUGACCCCCGGUAGGGGGAGAACCCUGGGAGGGGUCAUUGUCGUUGUGUGUGAUCCACCCCUUGGAUGGUAAAAAGUAUGAUGCCAGAGUGUGGCCAAUAAAGUAGUUGUUGUACCCCUGGAACUAUGUGUCGUCCAGUUACUGGGGAAAAUAGAUCUCUUACUUUAUUAAUAGCGGGGGUAACCACUAUGAAAACAGACAAAAGCUGUGGGAGACUCAAUAGCUUGCCCUUCGGUACAUCCCCGCUCAGGUCUCAAAAUAGAUUUUGCCCACUUGUGCCAUUACAGAGAGACCAUAUCUGAGGCAUAUCAGACUAGUCCCACUGGUACAGGCAGUCCAGAUCCAAAAUGCCAGCAAGUUCCCUCUGCACGAGUGAUACAGCAAUCCCAGAUGAUCAUUUCGGCCUUCGUUUGGACCUCGUCAGUGAGGUGUAGCUGAUAUCACCUCACCUCACAUUUUGGCUAUAUUUCACUGAUAAUGCCUAACAAAGUUGAAACGAUUGUUUGGGGUUGCUGGCCUGUAUUUUGAAUCUGUUCUGCCCUCUUGGGUGGAAUCAGUCUGAGAUGCAUAGCCUGGUUCUCUCUGUAAUGGCACAAGAUGAUCUAAAACCAGCUUGAGAACUGAGUGGGGACACACCAAAUGGCAGGCUAAUUGAGCUGUUGUCCAUUCUCAGCACUCUCUUGUGACUUGUUUUUUGCUCUCCAUAAGUUUAAAGGGUAAUCCAGAUGUGGACCCCUUGCUCACGGUGCCUAGAGGUAUAUUGGAUAUAUCUCACCGAUGAUUCCUAACAAGGUUGAAACUAUCAUCUGGGGUUGCUGUUUCUCUCAUGCAGAGAGAGCUGGCCUGUAUUUUGGAUCUGUUCUGCCUUUUUGGGUGUAAUGGAAGGCACCUUGACCCCAGGCUCAAGCUACUAAGAUAAGUGGGUGGAAUCAGUCUGAGAUGCAUGGCCUGGUUCUCUCUGUAAUGGCACAACAUAAGCUAAAACCAGCUUGAGAACUGAGCGGGGACCCACCGAAGGGCAGGCUAAUUGAGCUGUUGUCCGUUCUCAGCACUUUUUUGUAACUUGUUUUUUGCUCUCCUUAUAUUCCUAACACUAUAGUGUCCUCUGGCUCCCUCCACAUGUCCGUCAGUGCUGUUUCAGCACUCCACCUCCUCCGACAUCCAGCAGAUCAUCCAAUGGAUCAACCAAUAUGUGGCGAGCUCUGCAAGAGCAUUAGGUCCUUCCCAUAGUAAAGCAUUGAAUAAAUGCUUUCCUAUGGGUAUUUCACUGAUGCUGGAUGUCCUCAUGCAGAGCAGGAAGACAUCCAGCAGGACCUAGAGUUCGUUAGCAUCCAAAAAGUGCCUCUAGUGUCUGAUUGAUGGCUGUCUGAUUAGUUCUGCAAUGUAAUCAUGUAAGUGCAAUUGAUAAUAAUAAUGAGAUGAAGUGGUCUGGGUGAAUAUAGUGUCCCUUUAAGCACUCACAGCAGAGUCGAAUACCUCAAUAUAAUCUAGAAUAUCCAAUACAGUAACAAAUAUUUCAAGACUCUAUGGAAUUUCCCAUUAUGUAAUAGCAAACCUUGAAAACUGUUUAACUGAAAACAUUUCCUUGCAGUGUGUUGUAUUUCUUCUCUGAGUGCAGGCCAUACUCGAUAAGCACUGGGUAAAUAUAAAUAUUUGCUGAAUGUAAACCUAGUUUUGAUUGAGAUAAGAAUGGGAAAGUUAAAUUACCGGUAGACCCAAAAUUAAGGUGACUAGGUUAGGCAAACGUUUGACAAUCCAUAAAUAAUAUGAAUAAUUAAUAAUAUGAAAACAAAAACUAAUAUAUGGUGGUCUUACAUUUACUAGAAUCCCCACCCUUUGGAGCCUGAGCAUUGAACUCUCACUAAGCCAGGAAAUGGCUCAGUCAAUAGUGAUGCUCUAAUUAUCUGGAGGUACUGAGCUUAUUGAACAGAAGCCAAAUCCCAAGUUUGUAAAUAUUACCCAUAGUUAUACAAGAACUUCCUUUUUUUAAAUAUCUGUGUUUGUGUGCAAAUGAAAUACUGUUAUUGCUUCAACCUCCUUCCUCUCUUGGUUUAGCUCUGUGGUGGCCUAUUGUAAUUUGAUACAUUUAUAUACCAAUUGUAAGAUUCUUCCUUUUUUUCUGAAACUUUGGCCUAGAGACUAUUAAGGAAUACCAAACUCUAACAAAAGCUGUUCUGUUGGAUAAUGAAUCAGCAGUAGAUAGUUUUAUGCUGGGAACCAUAACCCACAUACUUACUAUACCAAAUAUUUGUCAGAACUGUCAUUUCUGACUGCUGUCUCUCUAUGAUUCCUGUGCUGUGACAAUAGUUUACAUUAUUAGAACUGCUCGGAUACUGGAAUGUGGUAUCCCCUCCUGUAUUGUAUACUUUCAUUUUCACUGUAAAUUUAACAUCUGCUAACCACAAGAUUUAUGUUAGUUUUUAAAGAAUAGCUUUUACUUGAUAUGUGGCCAGCAAAUGCAAACACUAUACUCUUACAGAACAGAUUUGCUGAAUUAGAUUUUUCAUGGUUUUGGGUUUUUAACAGAAUAAAUUGCUUCAUCAGAAUAUAGCAAUUUGUUCAUUUGUUUAUUUCCAAAACAUGUCCUGCUCUAAAUUUCAUUUAUAACGACAAUACAUUUAAGCAGGUCUUGUCACUUUUCAGUAUUUCACAAAGAUAUAUUCGUUAUGAAAUACUGAUUAAGACUGCCUUGGAAUUUCAUUGAAAGUCCAAUACAAUCCAAAGAUGCCAUAAGACAAAGUAGGGACUAUUUUGUCUUAUGAGGUUGAAAAAAGUUGACAAAAGGCAUAACUGCCCCUUCAAGUUUUGUCCAAUUUCAGCAACUGACACAAAUGAUGAGGCUGUGAGUAUGGCUGUGAGGCUCAUACUAUGGAGGAUCUUGCACUUGUGGAAUCCUUCAUUGAGGAUCUUGUAUGUGUGAGAGCACAACAUUGACAUGACUUGUGGCAACUGAAGUGCAUUGAGCCAAAUAGGACCUGCAUUAUUAACAUAGGGCCUGUAUUAUUAAGAUGAUGGUGGCCACAAGGGACAGUCUUAGAUAAGUAAAGCUCACCUCCCCUGCAACCCCCAGCCACCAGACCCAUACCAAAACCAAUCUGUCCAUUUCGGGAAUCUUUGCAAAACAGGCAAAGGCCACCAAAAUUGACAGAUCUGUUUUAAAUAAUUAAAAUUAACACAUUGAUGAAUAACACAGGUAUUCAGUUUUCAAUGACACUCAUUUGCUGCUAAUCACCAUGUCUGUUGAAACAUUAGGUUCAUUUGGAACUCUGUGUAUAUCCCACAGACCAACGUGCAGCCUUUUAUUACAUCAUAACCACUCUAGAAGCAGCUUAAGCAGCAAGUACUGUAGUUAGUAUGUUCAUUUCAAAUGUUUAAAUUAGUGUAGAACCCACAAAUAUUGGGAAUGUGGCGUUGUGGUGGGCUUAACACAAUAUAGUCAUAUGAUGUAACCAAUUCCUCAUAUUUCUGUGCGCUGUUCUUAAUUGUCUAUCAAUUCGUCAGCAAAGACUUUAUGUUGUAGAAUUGAUUGACAGGGAGAGCAGGAGAGACCUCUCACAGACGGUACUUCUGCUCUACACUUAUAGCAACCAGAGCUCAUCUGCUCUGGUUGCUAUGGUAACUGCCUUGCUCCCGAGCGUCUGCAAGUACAUGCUAGUGAGUAUUGGAAUGGAAUGACUAAUGCCACUCUGUUUAAACACGGGCAUGCUGGCAGUGCAACCAGCAUCAUGGAUAAAGUGUCAGUGUCAUGGAUGAAGUUUGGCCUGUUUGGGGAAGCUUCUCCAUGCAGGGCAAACCAGAAAGGAGUAAAAAAAGGGGGCAAAGCAGACCAGAGGCGGUUGUUAUAGAAGUGUAUCACCCACCUCUGUAAGGAGAUCGCGGCCUUGGCAGUUGAGGACCAGAUAAGUCUGACAGGUUUCUGUUAAGGUUUUCUUUUUGUGUAUACUAUAUAUGAAAAGCAGAAUAUGGAUAGAAGCGUUGUAACAAGCUUCUUUUUAUCUGUUUUUUUCUUUUAUGCAGGUGCCAGAGGGUAAGGUGGUUGUCCUGUCUUUCCGUUUCAUUGACUUGGAAAGUGAUAACUUAUGCAGAUAUGACUUUGUGGAUGUAUAUAAUGGCCAUGCAAAUGGGCAGCGUAUUGGACGGUUCUGUGGCACAUUUAGGCCUGGAGCUCUUGUAUCCAACAGCAACAAGAUGUUGGUCCAAAUGAUUUCAGAUGCCAACACAGCUGGGAAUGGUUUUAUUGCAAUGUUUUCUGCAGCAGAGCCAAAUGAGAGAGGUAUGUUGUUCUUCUCAAAUGGUUUCCAGUUUUGUAACAGCGUGUCUUCUUUUUGUGUAUCCAAGAGACAAAUGUCAGUCCAAUAUUGUAAUAAUAUACAUUGAGUUACAUUUAACAAAUGGAAAUCCGUAUACUAUUUAAAAUUUCUGUUUUCAAGUGUUUCCCAAACAAAACAAUGGGAUUUAAUGUAUAUAUAUAUUUGUAAAUAUGAAUGCAAUCCUAAUGGCAGCAAUUUUUCUGGUGGCAAGUCACAAGUCACCAGCUACAUGUCAUAAACCAGCAAUUCCCAAUUAUUUACACAUUGAUUGCGUAAAAUAACUGCUAACUUGGUGUCUGAAAAACAAUCUCCUUGGAACUUUCUGACUUAAAAUAUUGCUAGUUUCCAGAAACAUCUGGCGCUAAAGCCCAAAGACCCCUAAACUAACAGAAGGGUGGCAACAUAUUUUGACCCGUCCUUCCUUAUAAACAGCAUGCUGCUGAUGCUCUUAAUGAAAGCACAGCAAGAAGGACACACAUGGUGGCCAGCCAGGAAUUUAAUGUGAUCCAACCAUGCUACCUGACAAAUAUAGGGGUGUACAGCAAGCUAAUGUUUCCCAAGCACCCUUUUCAGACAGUCAUCGGGCUGGAGGGGGAAGCACUGCCCUUUCUUCCUUAGUAGUCUUGCAGAGCACUAUACUAGUGAUCUUCCUUUUUAUCUCAGGAAACUGCUUUGAGAAGCAGCAGCCUGAUUAAAAAUAAAACACUAAAAUCCUCCAAUGCCCUCCAUUACUUGUAGAGAUCUGGGACUAAAAAGUCACAAAACCAGAGCUACAGCCCCAACCUAGCAUCACGGAUGACUUAAAGAGACACUCCACUACACAAAUAAUAAUUAAAAAAUAUAACAAUUAUAAAAAGCCCAUCAUGUGAGAGCAGUCGCCAUCACUGAAAGCUUAAGAUGGUCACUUCAAGUAGGUCCCCAGAUGACUCCUAUGUUUGUCACCCUGUGUCCAUUAUAGGUGCAGGAUGUGUAUUACUUGUUAAAUGUCUUAUGUGCUCUCCUGCCCUGCUGAUGCCCCUUACCAACUAGGCGAAUUUGGCUGUGGAACCCGUGCAGCGCCAUCUGUUGACACAGCAAUUUGCACUACCUGAAUAACAAGGCUUCUUAAUUUGCAUGUUUAGGUAGAUUUGCAUAUUAUGGUUUCUAAAGGCAGGGAGCAGAUUUCUUGUUUGUCAUUAUCUUUCCCACCCCUUUUUAAAUAGGCUAAUGUGUUAUUAUGUUUCCCCAUAUGAUUACGUUAUAUGUAUUUGAUUGAGUGUGUCACCAUAACUCUUACAUAAAAUGUGGGUAGGGGUAGUCCUAAGUGACUAUAGGGUAUUGCGUGUUAGUUCCAUUGGGUACUAUGUGUCCUGUGUGGUUUAUUAAGGGAUCCCAGUAACAGAGUCUUUCGACCUGUUGGCUGCCUGCCUUGGUUCCUGGUGCCCAGGACAAGUUAAAAAAAGAGCUAGGCCUGAGAGCAACAAGUGCCCCAACAGCAGAGGGGACAAAACCUGCCUCGAAGGAGAGAGCUGUAGACUGGUCCGGGGUGUAAGAAGUUCUUAGCGACCUCAGUCAAGCUUUGGUGACUGGGGCUGAAGCAUUCCAUAAUCCCAGAUAGCAGCUAGGAAGCUGACCUGGGGGGAGGUACUCAGUCGUAGCAUGGGAGCUCAGUCACACUCCCCUUCUUUCCCAGCCCAGACUUUCUCUGGCUGUCCAAUCACAGACUUACCAAUGCAGCUCAAUGAGAAGUCUUUGCAAGGCAGGUGCUUGGGGCAAUUGCUGCCUCUUGAGUUUAGCUAACCAAACUAGGAAGUAACAGGACAUGUCUGAUUGACAGCCAAGGUGGUGUAACAAAGUUAAUUGAUAAAAGUGCCAAUAAAAUAUGCAUUUUUUGUUUCAAAUGUUUUUAUUGGGUUUUUAAAAUAUAUAUCCAUACAAUAUAAUAAUAAUAAUCAAAUUGAUAAUACAUAAGAUUAAUAACAAUGAGUCUAUAAAAUUAUUAAUAAUAUAAUGAAAAAAAAAUAAGCAAACGAGAAAUAAAUAAAUAAAGUUAAUAAUAAAGAUAAAAUAAAAUGGUGGAAAAGUAAUAAAAAGAAAAAGAAAUUAUACAAUAAAAUAAUUUUAUAUAUACAAUCAUCCAUAAAAAGUGACAUAUUUUUAGUCAUUUUAUUAUAAGCUAAAGUGCUACAGAGGUCUAGAGUGUCCCAUAAUAGGCAAUAGGCUCCCAUCUUCCUAUAGGGGUUUACAAACAGGAUAAUGCGGGUACACUGCCAUACCCUAAAGUGUCAGGGGAUGAUUCUAUAUUUUGAUUAUUUAUUUAAACAUCUGUUACUGUUAGAACCAAAUAUAUUCCCCAUACCACCUCUUCCUUGUUUGUGGUCUAAAUGCUUCCUCAAAUAUUAUAAAAUCUUCCAAAACUCAUAAUGCUAAUCUUGUAAUUAAUAGGAGCCAAGCAAAGGAUUUAACAAAUACAUCCUGUCAUUAGAGAAUUUUAAGUACUAAUUAUAGUGCAAAACUGAUAUAUUGGCGCCACAAGUAGCAGAAACAAUGGAAAACAAUCAUACAAACAGAUAAUUGUGACUACUCAAAAAGCAGAAGCAGAGACAGAAAACAAAAUGUAUUGAUACAGAUGGAAAUAGCUUAACCCCUUAAGGAUGUUAGGGCGUUCUAUGCCAUCCUACAUAAUGUUUACUUAAAAGCCUGUGGGGAGGCAUAGAACACACUGCAGAUUUGGUGUGAGCUGGGUUAAAUGCCUGCUCACACCAGGAAGCACCAUGUAUCAGUCACGGAUAACUAAGGUUUCCCUCUUUCUGCUGUCUGGUUAUGGUUAGUGUAGGGUUAAUGUUGGAGGUGGGUUAAUGUUGUUUUAGGGUUAAUGACCGUGCAGGGUUAAGGUUAUGGGUAAGAUUAGAUAGGCAUAUGGUGGAAGCAUUGGGUAAGGGGAAAGAUUGGUAUAUAGCGUUAGUGUUGGGGAUGGUAUAGGGUUAGUGUUAACAAUCAAAAACUAAAUUAGAUUCUGAACAUAAUAGGAGUUUAAUAAUCAGGACUGAUAUAUGAAUCUAUUUUGAGUUCUUUUUAAUUAGUUACACUGGAUGUGCAAAAAUUAUUAUAAGCAAAAAAAAAAAAUUAAAUUCCCCUUUUUUACCAUUUUAUUCACAUGUAAUGUUGCAUUAGUUAAAUAUAUAGAAUGUUAAAUGAAAUCCAUUUCUGUCCCUUAAAAAUGAUAUAGAAUAUGUACGGUGGCACUUGAAGAGAAUCCCUUAAAUUACGGUGGAACAAACGUAUAGCUUAAAUUCAAGGUUUUGUUUUGGUUCAGAAUUUGGACAAUUGCUCCUGUCCUUAAGGGCUUAAAAAGUUACUUGCAGGUAUGCAGGUAUUACAGUUUGUAAUUUAGAGAUACUUUUUGAAGUAUGUUACAUUUCUAUAAACAGUAAGCAAAUCCUCAGAGUAAAUAUAUCAGCUGUCAUCAAAGAGGCAAGUUAGCAUAGUGUGCACUCAGUAUAGAUUUAUUAAAAAUAGGUAUACUAAAACAAAUAGUUCCAUGCCAAGUCUUGUCUCCUUAUGGACUAUGAGUUUGUCCACUGUAACGAUUGGUGCCAACUUCCUCUAUGUUGUGAAUGUCCACACGGACAGUCCCUUAAAGACACUCAAUUUGAUCUAUUAAUUGAGAGUUAAUUCUGCCAAGCUGCUAUUGUGGGUCAAUGUAUUAAGCAUCGCUAUAGACUUUAAGUAACAUUCUAAGCACUAUAACUACUGCAGCUUGCUAUAGUGGGUAUGGUACCAGGAGAGCUCUGACGCCUUACCAUGGAAAGAUGCAAACCUGAGUCCCACUUGGCACUUGUGGCUGCAUUCCAUGUAUAUAGUCUUCUCUAAAAGGAAAAUUCAGAUUGCUCUAAGAGCUAUGCAGAACCGCAUACAUUGACUGGAUGUGUCCACUGAGUGCUCAAUGAGCACAGUACUUCCUCAAGCUUUUUUCACCUGCUGGAGAAGACUGGAUGAAGAUGAUGCAGCUGUGGUGCCUGGCAGGACCCAGGUAAGUUGUCAAACUGCAUUUAAAUUCUUUGAAAUCUUAUCAUGGACAGCAUUAGGGCACAUGUUUCUUUAAACUCAAACCAUGUUCAGCGUUAAAUAUUAUUAGAGCAUCAAUCUGUCAACAGAAAUAUAGCAAAUAUGACAAAAUGUUUCAUAUUUUUAUAUGUGUGCGGAAAAUUAUGCGAAGGAUUCAGACCUUUGGACUAUGUGUUUCAAAUAUCCAAGUACAACGUCAAAUAAAUGGUCAUAAACUAAAUACCUAAAAAUGGGCAGAGCCACUCAUUCCUUAUCAGUGGUGUAUCCUGGUUUUGUGCUGCCCUAGGCAGGACAAAACUCAGGCGCCCCCCCCCGCGCCACCCCCACCCAACCCUUCCCCCCCGCCCCACCUUCUAAAUAUACACACAGUCAGACACACACACACAGUCAGACACACAAACACACAGUCAGACACAGACACACACACACAGUCAGACACACACACACACACACAGUCAGACACACAGUCACACACACACAGUCAGACACACACACACAGUCAGACACACACAAUCACUCACAUUAACACUUUUUUUUUUUAACCCCCACCAGCCUCCUUACCUUUGGGAAUGCUGGGGGGUGGUCCCUCUCUCCCUGGUGGUCCAGUGGCUGCUGGGCGGGCGGCGCUGGGCUGGCGAGGGAGCUCUUCCUCUGAGCUGUGUGCUCAGUUCCCUCGCGCGCCGCCCGCAGAGUGAGGCUGGGAGCCGGAAUAUGACGUCAUAUUCUGGCUCCCAGCCUCACUCUGCGGUGCGCGAGGGAGCCGAGCAGACAACUAAGAGGAAGAGCUCCCUCGCCAGCCCAGCGCCGCCCGCCCAGCCCAGCAUGUCAGUUAGCCGCGAGGCUAACAAGGCAUUUGCCCUGGGCAUUUUGGGGGGUGGCGUUUUUUGCCGCCCCCUGGAAAAUGCCGCCCAAGGCAAAUGCCUUGUUUGCCUCGAGGCUAAUACGUCCCUGUUCCUUAUAUCUUCUUAUAUCUUCAUCUGUUUCAGACCAGGGCAUAAAUUUUUAUUAUUUUGAAUCCUUGCAGGAGAUCAGUACUGUGGCGGACGCCUGGAUAAACCUACAGGGUCUUUUAAAACCCCUAACUGGCCAGAUCGUGACUAUCCUGCUGGGGUCACUUGUGUAUGGCAUAUUAUUGCUCCAAAACAUCAGGUAAGUUAACAUGGUUAUUGCAUGCACCUUUUAAAAAUUCCAUAAUAUGGAAAUGUUGCAUUAGAUAUUCUUUAAGUAUACCUUGUUUUUUAUCACAUGUAAUCAAAAAAAUAUUUUCCAUUGGCCUUUUUUAUAGGUGAUAGAGCUAAAGUUUGAAAAGUUUGAUGUGGAACGUGACAAUUACUGCCGCUACGAUUAUGUGGCUGUGUUUAAUGGAGGAGAGAUCAAUGAUGCCAAGAGGAUUGGAAAAUUCUGCGGAGAUAGUCCACCUGCGUGAGUAUACCCAAUCAAUAGAUAGCUAAAAAAUGCAACUUCUUAAUCCUUCUAUAAACACAAAGCGGAUGGUAAAACGCCUUACUGGAGUUACAUAUAAUGGAUGUAAGAUAUGUCAGAUCUUUGCUUGAUCUACUUUUUCUAUUUUAAGGAGGAGUUCUAAGAGACAAGGGGCUUCUCCGUCCAAAUUACUGGCAGGUCAGCCUGGCAUGAAUGUACACCAGGCUGUCUUUCUAUAAUCUAUGGCCAGCCCACUUGAGGUCGGACCCUGCAGGGAGCACUAUUUCAGUUCUCUCUAGAGAGUCCUAGUGCCCUGAACAUAGUGCAAGCGUGUCUCAUGAUGCACUCACACUAUGGUUGUUGGGGACAUUUCCCUAGUGUCCACAAAAUGAGGACAGCAUGGCAUUGGCAUUGGGGAUUUGGCUUGUGCUAGACUCAGGCUAUGGGUGUAGAGUUUUACACCAUUCCCACAAACUUGGAAAAGACGGAGAAACUAGUAAGUACUGUUUGAAGCUUUAGGCAAAACCAAAUCAACUGAAUAGCCACUGAUCUACAUUAAAACCACCUGUCUAAUACCGGCUAGGCCCCCCUCGUGCUGUCAAAGCAGCUCUGAAGUGUCAAGCCAUGGACUCCACAAGACCUCUGAAUGCGUCCAGUGUUAUCUGGCGCCAACCCAAAUAUUACUAUAUUAUUCGGGCUAGUACUCUAUUAAAAAAGUAUAUGUAAAUAAUGAACUCUUUGUUUUAUUUUUAUAAUAUAUAAACUAAACAUAGUCCACUGUCACCUUAUAUUCUGGAAUUACAUUCUGCGGAUGCCCAUGAGUCUGCUGAUAUAUUGUUCAUUUGUUUCUAUUUGGAUUGCCAGAUAUACUCAUAUUUAACCCCUUAAGGACACAUGACAUGUGUGACAUGAUUCCCUUUUAUUCCAGAAGUUUGGUCCUUAAGGGGUUAAACAAACCCAUUUGUUGGGAGCAGUAGGGGCCCAUCAUAAGGGUACAGACAUACACUGAAUAUUAACCUUCAUAUAUUCUCAUUCUUCUAGAUAUGCUACCAGCAUUGGGAAGAUUGCAUUAAAGAGAGUUGUUCCCAGCUUGUUGUGCUAGUGGGUAGACAUGUGCACCAGUGAAAUUUUCGUCUCGUACGAAUGAAUUCAUACUAAAUUAAAAUUUAAUUAGUCAAUUCCUGUCAUUUAAUUAAUUAGGGUCCCCCCCCCUCGCGGCUCAUGGGUGUGGACUUGGGGGGGACAUUAUGUCCCCCCAAUUAUUUAUUUAAUUAAGGUCCCCACCCGACGGUCAUGGGUGGGGGCCUGGGGAGGGCACUAUGUCCUCCUGAUUUUAGUUAUUUGUGUUCCCCACCAUGAGGGAAUAGGGGGACCUGUGCCAAUAGCUGCCCAGUCACUAGUACUUUUACAUUUGUUUAGGUGACAUGCCCCUACUCGCGGCAUGCUGCUAGUAGGGGCAUGUGGGAGGAUUUGACCUCCCUUUUAUUAAUAUGGGGGUCAUAGUGUCAGUGUGAGUUAGGGGUUGUAAAAGACUCUGUGUGUUGCUGAGUAACCUCUGUCUUUUUUGAAAAUUCGUCCUAGAACACAUGAUCAAUUCUGAUGGUUUUGUCUAUUAUGUAUUUCUUUUGCGCACUCCAUUUAUUGUGUAAUGCAUUCUAUUUAUUAAACUUUACACAUCUUUUUUUUGCACCAAAAGAGUAUUCUGUUUUCUGUCAUUUUUUUUUUGUGGCAGUUUUAUUUUGUUGUAAAAAGUGAGACAGAAAACACCCAGCAUAUUUGCACAUAAUUCUUAGUUAAUGAUGCAAAACCAUGAUGGGAAAGAAUGACAACACUUUUCAGCCUAGUUUUAAUACACAGAAUCUGGAAUAUGUUUUCAACGCACUCAAAAAAAUAACAUUAUUCAAAUACUUGUAAUAAAUCUACUCAAACAGUUCCACUUUAAGUCAUACUUAUUUUGGGGUCUGCUCCAGGAAUCCUUAUUUUGUCUCUGCAUCCAACCAGAGAACUGUCCCAGCACGAUGAGAGUGGUCUAGCUGCACUCUCUGCAUCGUCUGUCCUCAGUGGCUGACACAUUCCUUCUUUGGAUGGCCCCAAAUGUUCUCUGGUCAGGAAUGUUCAACUUUUUUACACAUGUUGCAUCACUGUCAUGCCCCCUAUGUCCUGUGUUAUAUCUCGCAAGGUUGGAAGCUAUGCCCUUGUAUCCUCGGUUAUACUGGUUGAAGAAGGCCUGUAUGAGUUGGGUGCUUUCCUAUGGCAUGGUUCAUUAUUUAUAAGGAAAUACGUGCAAGCACAAUCACUGCUUGCUUUAUGGGACUAAACAGAGAGCAUUGUGUCGAUAUCACUUCUCUUGAAGUAAAAAGUUACACUCUAUAUGUUUGCUGUUUGCCUACAUGACAGACCUGCUUUAUAUUAAAGUAUUCCCAUUGCAACGCAUUGUAAAAAGUGGCUGCUAGGGCCACACAGUGGAUUCUCUGGCAAACAUACAAUCCAGAGCAAGUCUGCAUAGUACAAGGCGCAGUGGGAAUGAUUUGUAAACCAUGGAAAAAGUAGUGGGCACAGUUGCAUAAAAUCAUGUACUCUUUUUGUAGGAGAUUACAUCCAGCUUAACAUAACUUUUACAUGCUUUUCUGCUACCAGGAUGGAAUCUGCGCUUAAUGUCAGCAGUCUGUGUCAUUUGCAAAUUUGCUCAGACAAAAUCAAGAUCAAUUGUGAAGAAGCAAAGUAAAAUGCACAAAACAUAUAAAUACAUGGUGCCCACAGUGGUGUAUUUUGGAUUUGUGCUGCCCUAGGCACGACUAAAUUUGGGCACCCCCAAAAUCUAAAUUUGCCCCCCCCAAUUCCUGUCAAGGCCAUUUUUUUGACUGACAGACACAUGUCCUCAUUGAUACGUGUACUGAUAUACACUCACUGACAGAUACACAGUCAUUGGCACACACAUAGAGUCAUUGGCACACACUGUUUAACCAACACACACUUUCACUAACAGACACACACUGACAGGCACACACUCUCAAAUACAUAUAAAAUGACAUACACACAUUGACACACGCUCACAGGCACACCCAUUCUCACUGAAACACACACACUUUCACUCACUCACAGACACACACUGACAGCUACACUCACUCACAGUAAGGUGGACAGCCCCAAAAUUAAGGCAAACAAGGCUUUGUCUGGGAGCUUGGGGUGGCAAUUUUUGGCGCCACCCUUGAAAGUGCCGCCCUAGGCAAAUGCCUUGUUUGCCUUGUGGUAAAUACAUCCCUGGCUGCCCUUCUAAAGAAUGUAAACAAAAAAAAAAAUCUAAAGAAAAAAAAAAAAAAUUCUCAUCGCAUCAUAUGCCUAAUGAAAAUGAUCAGAUUACAAACAAUAUAACACUCACAGUAUACUGAGCAAGCAAUAUAACAGCUGUAUAUAAUGUAUUUCAAAUACAAAGGUUUUCAUUCACAGUUGAUAUUGUGGCACUUGUGUGAGAGAUAUUUAGCACAAUUUCCCUCGAGAAAUUGCGUUUCGUAAUCAGACAUAAAAAGCUUUAAUAGAAAAUAUAUAAUUUUUUUAAUUUCCAUUUAUUCAAACAUAGGCUCUUUUUAUGUAGUCCAGGUUUGCUUUAUUUUUAAUUUUUAUUGUCCAGCUGUAAUCUUUGUUUUACAUGCCCAUCUUUUACAAGGUGACCACAUGUUGCCGCUCAAUUUUGCUUCAUGAAAUUAAUAUUUGUACAACAUCACUUUUAUUAUGCAAAACCUCAAAACUAUCAUAAAUGUUUAUGACUAACUUCAGAAUUUUUUUUCCCGAAUGUUAUGUUUUCUUCCGAUUGGCAAUGUAAUAUUUAAUAGAUAUUGGCUAAUACUAUUCUAGUAGGAUAAUGGAUAGAAGCAAUGUUUUUUUUUACUUUGCUAACUUAUACAGUGCAGAAAAGCAAAGAAGUCAGGGGAAAAGGGUAAAUUUAGAAGUUACCUACCAUAGCAUAAUAUAUAACAGCCAAGUGUAAAACUGUCAUAUAAACCCUAUCAAUGUUAGAAUGAUAUUAUUCGUUACUGAGGAUAUUACCUAUAAAUAUGGGGCAUUCCAAUAUCCUAUGUCUGUCUACUUUGUCCACUUUCACAUUAGCAGUGUAAAUAUUGUUCCUAUUUGGACAGCACUGACUGGCUGAGAGUGUCAGCUGACUUGGUCAUCCUAUCAUUGCCAUUAAAUAUGGAUUACAUCGGUAGUGAUAAUGCAGAAAUCAAGUGGAACUUGCAAUAGCAGCAUUGUCAGUGGAGUCCAGGCCAUGGGUGUCUCAAACUGUUCAAAAACAGACCAAAAACCAGGGGACAGUGCCCACAGUCUGUUAGCACCGUAAUGACUUCAGGUGAUUAUGGAGCUUAGACUGCCCCUUUAAGAGGUUGUGAACUACUAUUACUACUUGGAUAGAUGUAACAUAGCUUUUAUGUUGGGUUAAACAGCCAACAAUUGUCAUAAAUCUGAAAUAGUAGACUUGUUCAUAAAUAAAUACACCACGGCUAUAUUCCGAAGCAGGUAUCAAAUGCGGCCAAAUCAAUCAAUCUGUGCUGUUUACAUUGAGUCAGGAUUACUACUUAGCAAUGUGUUUAUUUUUGCAUAUAUAAAUAUAUAUAUUUUAUAACCUAAAUAUGUAUGGUGUUUGAAAGACCUUUCUUCUGUCCUCUUUCCAGGCCCAUUGUAUCUGAACGAAAUGAACUCCUCAUUCAGUUCUUGUCUGAUUUAAGUUUAACUGCAGAUGGUUUCAUAAGCCAUUACAAAUUCAGACCCAAAAAGUUACCCACAACCACAGCCUCUCCUGUUACCACAGCUGCCCCUACAACCGCAAGUAGGUUUUCAUUUAUUUUAUUUUUUUUUCAUAAUCUCAUAAAUGUUUACCACAUUAAUAUGAAGGUUUUACAUAGCAACCUAUGACCCAUGUAAAACAAAGUCCUUUUUAAACAGUACAGAUACUAAUCUUUCCCACCACCCCCUACUAAAAAAAAAAAAAAAUAAUAAUAAUAAAAGAAUGCUUGAUGGAUAAGAAAAUGACAUGUUAAUGGAAAAUCACUGAUUUGUAUCCACAAGUUUCCUUUUGAAGUCUGAUACUCCUUAUGAUAAGAAUAAGCAAGAUUCCUAAAUAUUACUGUAAGAUCAGUUACCAUUCAGCAAAGCUUAUUAGCAAUAACUAAGUAGUAGCACUAAUCUCAAGUUGCAUUUUCUGCAGCCUGUGAUUAUUACCUGAACGUAGGAACUUAUGAUGUAUUCUGUGUUCCGUAAAACAGUAUCAUUUAGCAAUAGGGUGAUUAUAUUAGAUAUGGUAAUUUUGGGUCAGUGACAUUAUAUAAUUCAUUUUGAGUUUUUCCUGCCUCUGGAUGAUAUAGUAUUUUUUUUUUUAUUUCUUUGUAUGAAUAUAAUAUACGUAGUACACAAUUUUUUAUAUAUUGUAAAUUGCUUUUAUGUGAACUAAUACCUGUUAAAUGUAUACUACAUAUAUAUGAAGGUAUUAUAGUAUUUUGUUUUAUAGUUUGAAUUUGUUUUUAUUAUGAUUUAUUAUACACAAAAAAAAAUUAGCAUCAGAAAAUUGUUUAAAUAAUUCUAGAUUCGUAAAUUUUUUUCAUUAUUUUCCAUUUUUCUUUGACCGCUCCUCUAAAUUGUUUGUGUGAUUCUCUUGCUUUUUCUGAAAGCCAGAAAAGAGCAUUUUUUUUGCACUGCUUCCUUUUUUAUGUUAAAGAAAUUGUUGCUCUUAAUUUACAAUCCAUUUCUGGCAUGUUAAGGAAAUAUAAAUGUAUUAUUUGCCUAAAUGCCAAAUCACCAACUGUAUAAAAUCUAUAGCUAUAGUAAGCAAAGACUAUGGUCAAAGCAUUUCCAUUGCAUUCUUCACUUAUUUUAAGAAUAAUUGACCAACAAUUAAAUAGCUGUUUAAUUUACUAUUUUUUUUCUUUUUUAGUGUGCUUACGCUUUAAAUGCUUUAAAUAAGUGUAUUAUUAAAUUAAACAUCAUAAAAUUGAAUCUCUGAAAUUUUUAGAUAUGCAGUAAAAACAGUAUAUACAUUGUUAUGAUAUUUAUUGGUUAAACCAGCGUAAAUAUGAGUGGUAUUUUUCAGAUCAUUCUUUGCCUGUGAGUGUCAGUUUUCAUUUUGUACAUUAUAUUGUGUUGCUCUGUGCGUCAGAGCAACAUGAUGCAUGCAGAUGUCCUCACAAACUUCUCCCACUACUACAUAUGUUGUUUAUGUUGAAAUAAGCAGAUUUUCAUGAAAGAGACUAGGGUUUACUUACUAAAUAGUGGAUUGUGGGAUAUUGAAAACCCACUUUUAUUAUUGAAUUUAAAAAAUGGCUAUCAACACAGUUGACCACAACACAGUGUAUAGUUAAUUAACACCAAAGUCUUGAAAGGUAGAUGUGAAAUUUUAGCUCUGCAUUCAGAUUCAGUGACAUUGUAAAUAUAGUCAUUUGCACAUGCAUACACACAUAGCGAUAUUCCAGUGGCUACUGUGCAGGUGUAAAAGAAUAGGCAUAACAAAUAAUGGCAAAUCUGCAGUGUUACAUGUCUUUCAUAACGAAUACUUUUUAAAAUAUUUUUAAGUUUGAAGUUAGUGUAAGCUACUCCUGGGCAGUAGCUACUAUUUGCAGUUACUGCAGUUUACUCAAACAAACUAAGGGGAGCGCCUAUUAACUGAUAUCUGUCUACCCAAAAGCUUUUUUUAAUAUCAUAAAUAAUCAUUUUAAUAAUAUGAAGACGUAGGUUAAGAAUGGAAUAGGUUAGCACAUAGCGAUUUUGUACUGACUCUAUAUACAUUUGUAUAGUGUUGUCAUAUCAUAUUAUUUGAAGAAUCUAAAUCCAGUUUUUCUAGCCUUGCCCAAAAUCUUUUCGUUUAAUGUUAUCUCUAACUCAACCCCAUUUAAUGUAUAAGUGGCUUGUGGUUUCCUUAUUCCAAAAUACAUGCCUUUGCAUUAUUCUGUAUUGAAUCUCAUCUGACACUAGCCUGCUCCGUCCCCAGAUAUAUCAUGUUCAGACUUUAUUUUCUUACCUAGUUUUGUGUCACCUGCAAACACACACAAAAUACUUUUAAUGCCUACUUUAAGAUCAUAUAUAAACAGAUUAAAGAGAAGUGGACCCAGGACAGAACCCUGAGGCAUUCCACUUACCACUUUUGUCCAGUUUGAACAUUUUCCAUUUGCAACUACUCUCUCCACUCUACCUUUAAUCCAGUGUUCUAUCCAAGAACACAUUUUUCAUCAAAGCCAACAGAUUUCAGUUUUACUAGUCAAAUGCCUUAGCAAAAUCCAAUUAAAUUACAUCUAAUGGAUGACCCUUAUCUAUAUUUCUACUAACUUCUUCGUAAAGUGCAAUUAAGUUAGUUUGGCAUCACCUGUCUUCAAUAAUACCAUGUUGAUUCCUGCUAAUGAUAUUUUGUUCAAAAUAAAUUCUUGAAUAUUAUCCCUUAAUAGCCCUUUAAAUAAUUUCCCAACCACAGAUGUUAAGAUCAUGGGUCUGUAGUUUCUGGUUUAAGCUUUUGAACCAUUUUUAAAUAUAGACACCAGUUUUGCUUUUUUCCAAUCCUCUGGUUCAAUUCCUGAAAAGAAAAGAAUUCUGAAAAAUUAAAAACAGUGGCAUGGAGAUUUCUACACUAAAAUCCCUGAUCAUGCUUUGGUGAAUACCAUCUGGCCCUGGUUCUUUGUUUACUUUAUUUAAUUCUGAAACAAUUAUCCUGUGUUAAACAAUCAACUGUUGGCUGAGAAGCUUUUGUAACUGGGAUUUGCAAAUCUACAGCCAUAGAUCUUUCUUCCCUAUAUGCUGAAGAAAAAAUAUUAUUUAGAAUUCCUGCCUUGGCCUUGACUAUGACCCUUGUACUAAACCACGCUUAAUUUACUUAUUUUAUAUUUGUUUCCUGAUGGUAUGUGUUGAGAAAUGUACUUUUCUAGAAGUUGUUUAAAAACCUGCCAUUUAUACUCUGUGCUUUUGCCAGUGAAUAUUACUGACAGCCAAUUAGUUGUAAAGAGGCUUUUGUCCUAUUGAAUUUAGCCUUUUUAAAAUUAAGUGUUUUUGUUUAGCCCAUAAACAAACUCCAGUUAUGUUUAGCCCAUAUAAAUUUCCAUUUUGUUUUUUUACUUAAUCUCAAAUCGUAGUCACUGUUUCCCAAGUACUCCAAGUUGACAUCAUUAGUUAUGAAAAGAUCCUGACAAGCAUCUCUUUUAGCGGGCGCUUCUACUAAUUGAGACAUAAAAUUAUAAUUUAUCAGGUUCCAAAAAAUUUUCCCCCUCAAAUGUAAUACAAGUCCAUUUGGCCAAAUCAAUAUCUGGAUUUUAAAAUCUCCUAUUAUUAACAAAUUAGCAAUGUGUGCAGCCUUAAUAAUUUGGGAUAGCAGUUACUCAUAAGGCUUCCACAUUCUCACCUGUAUCUUCACAUUCAAUUUCUAUAACACCUGGCUUCAAAACAGGUUUAAUAUAAAGACAUAUCCAGUCCCCUUUUCUAUCCUAUCUCAAUAAUGUAUAUCCAUUUAAAUGAAUAACCCACUUAAUUAUUUCAUCCUACCAAGACUCAGUAAUCCCAAGUAUGUCAUACUGCUCCUUGUAUGACAAUAUCUCAAGCUCCCCCAUUCACUCUCUUUUCUAUACUAUCUACCACAUUUACCCUUCUUUUACUCCAACUUCUAGAGUUAAGCCUCAUUCAACCUUCUAACCAUUCUCUCCACCAGCACAAAAGACCAUUUAGGUGCAAACCAUCAUGUCUAUAAAGAUUGUACUGAAGUGCAAAAUCGUACACAUACAGUGCAUUAAAAACUCAAAACCUCUUUCCUACACCAAGACCAUACAUUGACCUCUCUAAUCUCCCACUGCCUUUCCAAGUAGAGCACGGCACAGAUAAUAUCUCAGAAAAUACAACCUGGGAGGUCCUCUUCUUUAAGUUUGUUACCUAAUUCCCUGAACUCAUUCUUUAAGGUCCUGCAUUUUCCUCUAAUUUUGUCAUUGGUAUCAAUAUGUACCAUGACAACUGGGUCAUUCCCCGGGGCUUUUCAGUUAUGCACUCUAGCCAACUUACCUCAGGGAAGAACAUGUACAGAGUAUUCGUGAAGGUUACUUAGCGCACAGUGAGAGCAUCUAAACAUCCAUCACGCUGCACAGUUUGAGGACAUUUUCCUCGUGACUCCAGAUGCAGGGAGCAAACCUUGGAAGGUGGGGCAUAAUUCAGAAUUUGGCCUGGUCUGCCAAGCCUGGGACAUUUAGGCGGUAUGGGAGUGAUUGAUACAGUCCAGACUACCACUUGGUAUAGAAGAGAACCAUGCAAACACCAUUGCCCACACAUACAUGUGGCUAUCACAGAUGGUAGAUGCUAAGAAGACAGCAUUCUAGGCUGUCUUUUUAAAACAGUAGAAUCUGUUAGAACAUGGGGUUAGAGUACAGGGAGAUGUGCUUCUCAUGAAGUUUACACUGAAGCUUUUGAAUUUAUUAGUGUUUUGUUUUCUUUGGAUACACUCCAUUGUAUCCACCAAUAAUGGACAUCAGUUGCUUUAAACCUAGAGAUUUGUCAAGAAGGGACCAGGUUUGUGAAUAUUGUAUUCUCUUCCCUAUCAUCCUUUUUGAUUUAGUGGGGGCCAAGACCUAUUUCUAAGUCAGAGAUUAGGAGAAUUCAUCCCAUUUGGAAUUCAACCUUCUCUGUGUCAGUGUGUCCUGCCUGAGAGAAGAACAGACAAUAUCUACCAAUCUAUCUAAUAUCAUUCUGUUAUUCUCGAUUCAAAGUGCACUAUUGUUUACUUAAACGAAAAAGUCUUUCUUUUUAGGCCCCUGUGUUCAAUUAUCUGUUUAGAGUCAAAAAAUGUUUUUAAAUCCCCAUAAAACUUAUUUUUAUGUAAUACUUUAGCCUGUGGAACCCAUGCUAUUUCUGCCCAGAAUGAUGUUGUGUAAUGUUUUCUCACAGAUUGAAGACUAAGCUUUACAGGAUUACAUAACUGGAGUCAGUUUUACAGAAUGUGUUAAACUCCAAUUUCCUGGAUCCGUUGAGUCACAUUAAUGUGACACAUAAAGGAAUAUAUAAACUAGAGUCAUGUCUACGUAGACACCAUGUUUUAGAAUUAAAAAGAUAUUUAUGUAAAAAAAAAACCCAGAAUAUAACUCUGUGACCAUAUGAUCUUCUCUAGAAUAUGUAAUUUUGUCAAAUAAAGUAGAGGUUCUUGUAAAUACCCCUAUAAGCAUAUAUUUUGUAAAGUUUUUGCAAUUGUAUAUCAAGGUUGAUGAUCCAAGUAAAACAGGAAUGGCCAUCUCCACAAAACCUAAUGGUAGGAUGUAUUAAGACACUUUUUUUGCGGUCCAGUUUUUGCCAAGUUUCUCUUAAAAGGAGCAUAUUGUGUACAAAGACUGCAAUACUCUGUGGAUACAUCGUGGGUGGUUCUAUGACUAGUAGUCCUUGCAGCUUGCUCAUUUCCAUGAUGGUUGUAAAUAUUUACUUAUGUGAUAGUUAAAAGUUUACUCCAACCCUUUUUAAUAACCUAUGUUUUUUUUCAAUGAAUAAUGCUCUCUUGGGUGUUAUUCUUUAGAUCUCACCCCUAUAACAAUAAAAAAAUGUUUUACUUAGCCGAUAUCAAGGGAAGCUCCUGGCUUGACUUUCCACACCACCUACUGACAUCACAGCAGCCGCACGCAUGGGAAGGCAGAAGGAGACAUCCACGCUUCCUUCUGCAAGGGAAAUGAUCAAUACAUCUAAUGGCAGGGUGCGCUGAUAAUGGGCAUAUUGUAUGCACAGAAUUGACAUUUGGCAGUCUCAGGCUGCCAAUAUCUCAGUAUGUGCAGUGUUUAAGCGGAAGCACUGCACCUGCUGGUUUCUACCACCAUGACCCCUUUUAAAAGCACAGAGAAUGCCCUGUAAGAAAAUGUUGCAAUUCUCAACUCAGAAUUAGCCACCCUGCUUGUGUCAUCUCUGACAACUUCAUGUGAGCCUCUUUUUAACUCACUUAACAAAAUAAUAGCACUGGUUAUUCGUUCAUUACUGUAAAUCUAUUUAUAAAAACUACUGGUGGGAACACUAACUAGAUAGAACUAAAACUCAGAGAAAUCCUUAGAUGAGUCACUUGUUUUUUAGUACAGACUUCAGACAUGACAUACUGUCUACCAAAAAAAAGUUACUUGCUCACCUCUAUGCACAUUUAAAUAACUGGAAGUUUUUUCGUAUCACUCCGAUGGCUAUUAAAGUCUAAAUUCACCUGCCACAGCAAGGCAAAACCUCUUUGGUGAGUUUUACACAAUCAAUUCAUCUUGUUGCUCUCAGCUAAAGGGCAAAAUAUCUUAUGAGACAGAGAGGGGCAGUCUUCCAUACCCUUACAUACUUAUUAACCCUGAAUAUGGAACACAUGGGGUGGGCGGCAGAACUGUACCAUGGUUGUGUAAUACAAAAGAAAUUACAAACAUACAAAAUUAAGCCCUACACUCAAACUACCACUAGGCUUGGGUGGCAGAAAUGACUAUGCAUACAGUUGAAAAAAAAAAGUUAAUUUAAAAUGUAUACACAAAGCUCAGCCACUGACAGUAAAGAGUGAUCUGAACAACAAAACAAUCUGCAUUAAAAGGAGAGGACACCCAGGGAGAUAUACAGUAAAGAUAUUACUACCUGCUACGCUCACUGUCUGCAGCCAGGUUAUGAAUCCGUGAUGUUAUGCGCUGUGCCAAGUGCACACACAUGAUAAGGUAGUCUUUCUUGCAUGAGGGGGCAUGAUGAAGGAGGCAGGCUUUUGGGGCAGCAUUCUGCAAAAUAUGUUUUUGUGCAAUAACUAUAAAGACCAGAGCAUGCAAAAUCCAGAAUAUUAAUUUAGUCAAAAACAAUUAAAUGCAUUAAAGUUGCAUUGGUGCCCGGAGUAACCAUUUAAUUCCAACUGCCUUUCUCUAGAAUAGGACUUUUAAAAAAUAUAAAAAAAAAAAAAUAUCUGUUUCAGUUGACCAUUGCUUUAAAUUACUAACUUGGCAUAUUGUACAGCAUUGCAGAAUAUAUUGACACUCUACUAAAAAACAAUAAUAAUGAGUUAUUACCCAUUUACUAAAUUAUAGUGUCAAUAGAUUUAUCUUAGCUCACGUCUUUACCUUUUACUAAAAAACUGUGAUUUGCUUGCCAUCCAGCAGUUAACUGUCCAUCCCAAUUAUUGUAUGCAGGAUAUUUGUUCUUUCAUGUUAGUAGAGUUCUUUGCAAUCAAAGCGUGGCUUUGGAAAUUCUAUGUUGAAUACUAAAAAUAAUGCUGGCUAGAUUGGCUGAAUUACAGGGCAGUAAUCUCCCAGUAGUGCCCUGUUAUUCACACAUUCCUCUGUGGUUGACCACAAAAAAAGCUCGGAAAUGAGACGUGCAUAGUAAAAGAAAACUGUUGCACUCUGCUUGCAUUCAUUCUAUAAAUAUAUACUAGUCCAGGGGUAGGCAACCUUUUAGCAGCACUGUGCCGAUAUAAGAUUGUGAUUUGUGGCUAGUUUUUUUUAAAUUGAGGUGUGUAUGUUGCAGUCUCCUGCUUGUGUUAUUUUUACUGUACUUGCUUUGUAUUGUUGUAUUUGUGCAUAUAUGAGCUAUUAUAUUGUAUAUGUUCAUUAGUAGUUUAUGGUAUCGUGUAUGAUCCCUAUGAAUGUGGGCUGUGUAUGAGGGCUGCUUGUGGAAUUGUGUGUGGAUAUGUCACAUUGUGUUUUUGGUAGUGUGUGUUUAUGUGUGGGGCUGCAUGUGGGGUUGUGAAAGGCUGCAUGUGGGGUUGUGUGCAUGUAUGUGGAUUGUUAGCGGGUUACAUUUGUGCGGAUUGUGUGUUGUGUUUGUUUGUGGGCUGUUCAUAUUAUUUGUAUGAGGCGAGGGUUAUUCUUCAUCUCUGGGUAUAUCUAGCAGUGUGGGUGGCUUCCCUGGGUUCCAGUGGGCACCAGACUGGCCAGGUACAGGUCAAGGACAGAAGCUGCAACAGCAGCUGCGGGCUGCUCUACUACAGUGUGGAUUCCCAUUCACAAGUGCUGGGAGGAAGUGAUGUGAGAUCACUUCCUCUAUGUGCUGCAAUGCAUAAAUUGAGGAUUGUCCUUCACCACCUCUUUGUAUUAGCAGAUAUCUGAAGUUAUACUGGGACUUCUGAUAGGCCAGAGCCUGUUUGGCUCUAGCAACCUUGAGUGCCGUGCAAAGACACCUUGAGUGCCGUGCAUGGCACUAGUGCCGUAGGUUGCCUACCCCUGUACUAGUCCAUUCAUUUCUACAUUAGAGAUGUGCUUUCUCCUUGCAUUGCCCUUUACAAACAGUGUAGUGCUCUGUGUGUGUAUUAUGUGUAUACUUGACAUGUAGUGACCAGUACAGGUACUCGUGAGGGAGACCAUGCGUGUUACUUAGUGUCAACAUUCUAACUAUUUUCUAACUGGCUACAGAAAGAUAGCACACCAAAUCACAAAGCAUGCAUCUUCUUAGUAACUGUCAAUGAACAUAACUGGUAUACCAGACCAAUGGCCUUUAGAGUCUUUGGUUUCUUCAUCUGGGAUGAGGUAGAACAGGAGAUCACCAAUCAAUCAAAAUGUAUGGUUGAAAUGUAAUUAGGAAUUUUGUGAAUCUGCUAAACUAGCAUGGACCUAAAUCUGUAUGAAAUGUUGUCAUCUCUAUUUUAAACUCACAGAAACCCAUCUGACCUGAAAACAAAAUAGUCCUACGUACCUUUUUAAGUGUCCAUCGAGUGUAUGGAUCUGUAAAGUCCCAGAUUCCAUUAAAGACAUUUAUUAAUUUCAGUAGCAUUUUCCAUAUUAAUAGUUUUGAGUCUUGACACAGAUGUAUGCUCUAUAUACCCUACUUGUACUUAUUAAGGAGGUCUAAUCUAUACAAGGCAGUACAUUUCCCAUGAGGCCACCAUAUUAUGUAGUAGAGAGAAACAGACUGUGAGUAUGUGUACGGGGAAAGGGGGUGGGGAUUUGUUGGCAAUGAGGCAAUGUGGAAAGUAUGGAUGACUGUAUUAGUAAGUGCAAGUGCAUUCCGCCUAAUUGGAUGACAGUCCGCAGCAUUCCUGGCUGCUACUAUUUACAUAAUAUUAAUCAUUUACUGUUAGAUGACACUACAAGCCAUUACUCAACUACUGGGGCCUCCUAAGUGAACCGUGUCCAUACUCACCCAACAACCGAGAGACUCAAUGAAGGCGGACUACAAUUGCCGCAUGAUAAGCAUGCUUCCUCUCCGUUAGUGUUACUUUUAAUGUUAAAGCUAUAUUAAUUUUACUUUCCUGCCUAUUGACACUUAUAACACAAUAUGCCAUAUCCUGCUUGGUGGUAAUAUACUCAAAGAACGAAAUAAAGAGAGAAAAGGAACAAAGACAGAGAGACCAGGAAUAAAGAUGUAUAUAAAUCCUAAAGGUUCCCUGUGAUUGUUAAGCAACCCAAAGGUUAAUGAUAAAAAAUAACUUUUAUUAAAUUCCUUCUAAAAGUCAAUAACUAAUAAAGUAAGUAAAAAAAAUAAGUAAAAAAGGCCUACUGGAAGGGAGAGGAGAAUAGAGUUACUGCAAUAGCUCAGUAGUAUCAAAAAAUAGAAAAAAUAGUGAUCUAGUGGAUGCUAUAAAGCAUCCCAUAGAGUCUAGAGAAUGUCAAGCUAUAUAACCCUAAUGUAGUAAUUGCUGACUCCUAACUCCCAUUAUUCUAAGGCUGAAGUCAUCUGCCUAAUAAAGACAAAAACAAAAAACCUCAAAGGAAGGUGCUCAGAGGUUGAAAAAACUAAAUAAUAAACAAGAGAGAAGGUGAUGAUGUCUAAAACGUUAUACUAAUUCUGGCUGCAGCAUCGUCCCCACAAAGUCUCUAACCACCCGCUCAUAAAAAGUCCCGACGCGCGUUUCGCCACGAGGGCUUUUCAAGGGAACCGGACUAGACGCCGGACGAGGUUUAAAUAUCCCGCCCUCCACUGUGACUGGUUUGAAUGGUCACCAAUCACAGAUAGGGGGGGCGGAGUCAAAUGCCGAAACCGGUUUGUCCGAAAUCGCCGGAGAAACCGGCACGGAAAAUAAAUAAUGGUGAAACAAUUAGCUUAUGAAUCAUCAAAGCAUUAAGUAAACAAAUUGAAGCAAAAUAUUAUGUCAGAAGAAGUACCCACGAAAAUAUAGUUGUGUCCAGCAAAGUAGCAAUAAAGCAGAUUCGGAUACAUUGGUAUCACUACAUGACGAGUACAUGAUUGGUGAACAAUCUAUACACAAAAAAGUAUAAAUAGUUAUGUAAAUAUUGCUCUACCAGCUAACAAAAUAAUCAAAACAAACUUAUAGUGUGAAUUCUAAGGGCAAAGAAUGUAUAUAUAGCCCAAGAACAUGUAGGUCAAUUAUGUUCUUGCAGAAAAAAUAUAUAGAGAAAUAAUAAAUAGGGACAUCAUGUCCAAACUGAUAGAACAAAAAAAUCUAUAGAACAAAGUAGGUCCAUCAUUGUUAAAGAAUGAUGGAUCAAGAUAAAGUCAGAAACCUUACAAGAAUAAUAUUAGAUAUAAUAGAAAAACUAUAAAAAAAAAGAAAAGGGGAGAGGUAUUCAGUAAGAACUGUAUGUAGUGAGUAUAAACAAUGGCUAAUUGCGGCUAUGAUACAUACUGGGAACCAGCAAAGAGCCCUAAUGGCAAAAAAAUAUAUGUAAAGAAUUAUAAAAUUAAAGAAAGAACCAGACAGACAGAUCUAAUCAAGUGUGGAUAAAUGGAGUAAAAUUGAACUCCUCAUUCAACCCCUUGGGGUAUAAUGUUUGAAACAAAUAAAUCCAACGGGAUUCAGCUUUCAGUAGGGCAAUAUUGAUGUCCCCUUUUCUGUGGUUCAAAAAAACUUUUUGAAUAACUUGAAAUUUGAAUACAUUAGGUCUGGAAUCAUGGUUUGUACGUACAUGUCUGGCAAACGGAGUAUCCAAAUGUAAAUUGGAAAUAGAAUUAAUAUGUUGCAGGACACGUCGACGUAAUUGUUGGUACGUCUUGCCGAUGUACUGUAAUCCACAGUCGCAUGUAAUAAUGUAAACAACGUUGGUAGAACCACAGUUAACGAAAGAGUUCACCUCGAUGUCUUUAGCAGUUUUAUGAUUCCGUACUCCCUUAGAUGGUAAAAUGAAGUCACAAGCCUUGCAGUGCCCACAUCUAAAAAGACCCUUGGUCUGAAGCCAGGUAGAUUUAGUUGGUAUUGGUUUCAAAUGACUUUGAGUCAAAAGGUCUGCAAGGUUCUUAGCUCUUCGAUAGGUUACAGAAGGUUUAGUAGUAAUGGUAUUCUUGAGGCAUUUAUCAUAUUGGAGUAAUGGCCAAUUGCGGUUAAAUACCUGCAGGGUGUUAUUCCAAUUUUUAUCAUAAGUCCCUAUCAAUCUGGUGACCCCAGCGUUAGGUUGAAUAAUCUUAGGGAGUUUAUGUAAGCUCUCAGAUCUGUCAACGGUUUUAGUUCUUUGGUAGGCUUUUUUUAGAAUACGAUUUGGGUAUCCUAGACUCUUGAAUCUCUGUCUGAGAAUUUUCGCCUCUCUUUCAAAGUCUUCUGGGUUGGAACAGUUUCUUUUUACCCUAAGGUAUUGGCCGUAAGGUAUGUUAGCCUUUAUAUGAAAUGGGUGGAAACUCAGCAAUAUACCUCAGCUAGCCCCAUCUGAUGUUGUGGUGGUUGUAGAUAUUGAUAAGCAUGCUUCCUCUCCGUUAGUGUUACUUUUAAUGUUAAAGCUAUAUUAAUUUUACUUUCCUGCCUAUUGACACUUAUAACACAAUAUGCCAUAUCCUGCUUGGUGGUAAUAUACUCAAAGAACGACCAUAGUAAAGCUUGCAACCCUAAAAUCUCACAACAGUCAGUUAGGAAAUCUGAAUUUGUAACUCUUAAGCACUCACUUGCAACUGACACGUUGAUUUUACUCUUGAGGAAACUACAUUACAUAAAUCCAAUGUUUAGUUUUGCCAUGCAAUUGUUCAUAUAUGUUGACAGAUACGCCGGCAAUCACUUUUGUGGCAUUGCCUGCUUGGUUGUAAUUUUUUCUCAUGCACAAUAAAAUAAAGAAUUAGGAAAAAGAAAAAAAAAACAGCAGCUGACAGUAUUUGGUUGUGCUGGUUUAAAAAAAGCUGUGACUGUGUUACCCACUUAACAUGGUGUUGCGUUACGUAUUGGGAAUAGAAGGGUAAUGGGAUUGGGUAAUGAUAUUUGGUGAUCGAAGGAGUCAGCAGUCAUGUACUAGCGUGUUUUUGUUUGUACAAAUACUUAAUUGUUGCCUGAAUUUUGUGGUUUAAAGACACCCCGGCUGAUGGGGACCCUCUUUUGUUUGUCUCUUGCCACGAUUGUUAUGGGAGGAGAGACAGAGACCUGCAGCAAACAUCAUGGAAGUAUUUUCCUGUGUGUGAUUUGCCAUAGCAGCAAUCACAUGACCAUAAAUGUUAGGGAUCAUUUGUAGACCGACAAUGUUUCAGUGCUACAUAAUGUGCCUCUGAUUAAUUUAUUCCACAAUUUUUUACAUUUUUGGCUGAACUGUAAAUAAAUUUUAAUGGAACUUGGUUGGGAAGCAGUGAUCUACAUAAAGUCUUAUAUACGUUUUGUCUAUUGGAUUUAUUAUUACAUUUCUUAGAUAUUAGCAUGUCCCUUUCUUAAGUGUUUGAAUAUUUUUCUUUAUUUACUAACUUUCUAUGAAACUGUGUUUUAAGCAAAUUAACCCAAAGGAAGCAAGGUCACAAAAUGUUUUAUAUAGUGCUAAAUUUUGUUCUGUGCAAUGAGUAGAGUAUAUGUGUAUAGAUAUAUGCUGGAUAUGUGAUUCUUAUAAAUAAAUUAAAAUGAGUAUAUGUUUUUUCUUUUGUAUUUUUUAGAUCUAAAACCAACCGUUGCACUUUGCCAACAAAAAUGCAAAAGGACUGGGACUUUGGAGAGCAAUUACUGUUCAAGUAACUUUGGUACGGAAAUAAAAUUACGUUUUGACUUGAGGCUGUGUCUGUAAAUGGAGCAAAAUGGCAUAGAAUUUAGUUGUAAGUUGCCAUUAACAUACAGAGCAAUGUUUGAUAGUGGUCUGUGUCCUCUGUAAGCAUCUGAGGCUCAAAAGGUUCCUUGAGAUGUUUAGAAAAGGACACAGUAAACAUGUGUCCACUGCGAGUCGUCUAAACACAAAUGGCCAAACAGAAGGUGAUGUGUUGCUAUAUAAAGAUCUUUAUUCAGGCUGCCGGACCUGGCAUGUUAUAUUCCUGGAACAUUUUUUAUAUUAGUAUCCUACAAGGACCAGUCUGUAUCUCUUUUGGCCGUUAAAUGUGGGAAAAAAUACACAGUCGGAGAAAAAACAUGUUUCUUUCAGUAAGGUGAUUUAAAAUGCCCUAUUAAAAAAAUGAUUGCACAUAUGUAUGUGUACCAUUUUGAAUAUACGAGUCCAAUUUAUAAUUUGGUGGAACUGUCUAUAAUUCGCACUCUACAAGGAGUUAUAUCCCGUGAUAAAUGGUUGUCUAGCAGUCAUAAAUGCUGGUUUGAUAGACAUUGUUAAUUUCUAAUAAUUGGGAAAGAAAGGAACUGAUUUUAUAUUCUACUAAUGUAGACUAGACUGUUUAUAUUGUUAGAUAUUCCUUAGAAUGAAAGUGGCCAGACCUGGUCUCCUUAUAUAGAUUAAACACUAUGCAUUACCAAGCAAUACCUUAUUGGGACAGCAAUGAGACCAUGCUUUCUCUGAAUAUUAAUUUAACACUAAACUGAAUGCCUUAGGUACUGAUAACUUUUAAUAGACAAAGCUCAUCCUAUGCCCAUAAAGACUUUGUAUUAUGCACUUAGUACUGAAAUCUUAAAGGGAAAGUGACCAAGCUGCAAGAUCAGUCAUGGUCAUAGCUAUAUAUAUAUAUAUAUAUAUAUAUAUAUAUAUAUAUAUAUAUUAAGCAUUAUAAUCAGUGGCGUACUAAGGGGGCCGGGGGGGGCGGUCCGCCCCGGUUGCCACCAGGAUGGGGGGUGCCAUGACCAGGGGUGCCCCCCCCCCAUGCUGCAGCCGCCCGAGCGCUCUGUAGAGAGCCUCAGUCGGCUGCAGCUUUGCCCGGGCGGUGAGUCCAUGAGGGAGGACCGCACCGCCCGGGCGCAGCCUGAGGAGAGGCUGACAGGAGGGAAGCGCUCAGCUCUCCCUCCUGUCACUCCCUCCCUGUAGCGUGGCCGAGCCCAGUAUAGUCGGCGGGUACAGGGAGCAGCUGUCUCCUGUACCCGGCCGGACUAACAGGAAGUGCACACAGUGUGUUCACUUCCUGUUAGUCCGGCCGGGUACAGGAAACAACAGCUACCUGUACCCGCGGACUAUACUAGGCUCGGCCACUCUACAGCAAAGGUAGGGGGAUGAGAAAGAAAAGUGAUGAGAAAGAGAGGUAGAGAGAGAGAGAGGGGUGAGAGAAAAGGAGGAGUGAGAAAAGGGGAGAGAAAGAGGUGAGAAAAGAGGAGAGGAUGUGUAUCAAUUAUAGAAUUAUAUAUGAGUAUUAUGGGGGUGUAUUAAUAAUGGGGGUGUAUCAAUUAUAGGAUGUGUAUUGAGUAUAGGGGGGUGUAUAUUAAUUAUGGGGGUGUAUAUUAAUUAUGGGGGUAUAUUAAUUAUGGGGGGUUGUAUUAAUAAUGGGGGUGUAUCAAUUAUGGGGGUGGUGCAUAUUAAUUAUGGGGGUGUAUUAAUUAUAGGGGUGAAUUAAUUAUUGGGGAUGUAUUAAUCAUGGGGGGUGUAUUAAUUAUUAGGGGUGGAUUAAUUAUAGGGGUGGAUUAAUUAUGGGGGGUGGAUUAAUUAUGGGGGGUGGAUUAAUUAGGGUGGAGUGGAUUAAUUAUGGGGGGUGUAUUAAUUAUGGGGGUGUGGUGAGUAUGGAGGUGGAUUGGUAUAGGGGUGGAUUGGUAAAGGCGAGGUGGAUUGGUGGGGGUGGAUUGGUGGGGAGAUUGGUAUGGGUGAGUGGAUUGAGGUGGGGGUGGAUUGAGGUAUGAGGGGGUGUGUGAGUGGGGUGUAUUAAUUAAGGGGGGAUGGAUUAAUUAUGGGGGGUGGAUUAAUUAGUGUGGAUUAAUUAUGGGGGGUGGAUUAAUUAUGGGGGAGUGGAUUAAUUAAGGGGUGGAUUAAUUAGUGUGGAUUAAUUAAGGGUGUGUGUAUCAAUUAAGGGGGUGGAUUAAUUAAGGGUGUGUGGAUGAAUUAGUGUGGAUUAAUUAAGGGGUAUGGUUUAAUUAAGGAGUGUGGAUUAAUUAAAGAAAACCUUUAACAUCUUUUACAGGUUUUUUUUUUUUUUGGGGGGGGUGCCAAGCACAGGAUCCGCCCCGGGUGCCAAAUGCUCUAGGUACGCCCCUGAUUAUAAUCUAAUACCUGGCAUUUGAGGCUAGCUAAUGUAAAUUCUGUUAAAAUUGCAUUGCAUAGAAAGUCAUACAUUGGCUGAGAGCAGUCAGCUGUCACUCUCAGCCACUGAAUGACAACGGCAUCAGCACCCAGCUCUGCAGAAACAAGAUAUACAUCUCCAAACCAGAAGGGAGCCUCGGAACUUGGUGUGGGCUAAGUAAGAAUCAUUUUAAAAUGGUUUGCCCCAUUACAAAUUGGAAUUAUAGCAACUACAGCGGGCCGCUGUGGUUAUGAUGUUUGGGGUAAUCUUUUUGAGACAUCAAUAGAGCAUAAAUUAUUAUUAAUAUUAUUAUUAUUUAUAUAGCGCCAACAAACUCUGCAGCGCUGUACAAUAGUGGAUUAACAAACAUGUAUUUGUAACCAGACAAGUUGGACACACAGAAACAGAGAGGUUGAGGGCUGUGCUCAAUGAGCUUACAUGCUAGAGGGAGUGGGGUAAAGUGACACAAAAAGGUAAGGAUAGUAUUAGAGAAGUAGAUCGGUAGAAUAGUAUUCACUGAAGGCUUUUAGUGUUGUUUUUUUUUUUUUUAAUGGCCGUUGCAAGACAUGAAUCAGUUGGGAGCUACUAACAGUUUAAUUCAAAUGCUUUGGUGAUGAAGUGAGUUUUUAAUGAUUUUUUGAAAGAGUGGAGACUGGGUGAGUGUCUAACAGAGAAGGGAAGGGAGUUCCACAGGAAUGGUGCAGCCCUAGAGAAGUCUUGAAGGCGAGCAUCAGAGGUGGGAGUACGAACAGAGGAUAGACAUAAGUCUUCGGCAGAGCUUAGGGGCCUAUGUGGGACAUACUUGUGUAUUAGGGAGGAUAGAUAGGUGGGAGCAGCAUUAUGUAGAGAUUUGAAAGCAAGCACCAGAAUUUUAAAUUGAGCCCUAUAUCUAACUGGAAGCCAAUGCAGGAACUGACAGAGGAGUGAGGUGUGGAAGGUGUGGUCGGACAGGUAUUUUCUAAAUAUCCAUGUUUUGUUUUGUUUCUCUAGUGAUAACAUGUACUAUUAUCACAACACUUAGCAGAGCAGGCAGUGUGUAUGCAACUGUGUCUAUUAUCAAUGUUUACAAGGAAGGAACCUUGGCAAUCCAGCAAGCUGGCAAGACUAUGAGCGCCAAGAUCAUGGUGGUUUGCAAGCAGUGCCCACUUAUACGAAGAGGUCAGUAACGACAAAACAUUUGAAUAUUUUAUAUUAUAUCCUUUGCAUCUGUGAAAAUCAAUUAUGUUAUCGUACUCAUAGUUCAGUUUAUAAAGCUCAGGUUAACUGGUAGUAUAUAAAUACAAAAUAAUAAUACUUAAUACCGAGCACUCCGUAACGGCUGUAGUUCUAUUAAUAGGUCUUUUUUAAGUAUAUCACAGAAUAAAGAAAUCUUAAUGUGACACUUCAGGAUAUGGGGAUCAUGAAAAACGUGACCAACCAAUAUACUGAUCUUGAAAGAUGUUGUUAUGGUUUUUUUGUUCAUUUGCUUUUUUUUUUGCUUAGUUCUCUUUUGUACUUGUUUCUUUAAUUGUAUUGUGUAAGUUAUUCUAAGUGAAUAUAUGCUCUUAGGGUUUUCCAAUUUGCCUGUUUUGGCCAUAAAUUUCAAAUUCCCAUGAUAAACUCCUAAUUACUUAGUGAAAAUCUUUAACAGUUAUGCAUAGAAACAGACAUUACUAACAAACAUUCCAAUUAUGGUUAUUUAUCACAAUAUAACAAGCAUACCUGUAGUUUCUACUUUAAACUGGCAAUUUUGAGCUCAAACCACCAAUAUUUCACCAAAACAGCCAAAGAUUAUAGCCUAGUUGUACAAUUUUCAAAACAACUAUUCAACGCAGUCUUAAAUUUUGCUAAUUUUAUUGUAAGUUUUCAACAAUUUAUCUUUUUGGUAACAAAAUCUUCUGUGCGUUUUGUUGUUCCACAUGUAUGUACUUAUUACUUGAAUUCUGAUUAUCCUGAUCACAUACAAUUACCAAUACUAUGUUACUAAUUGGUUGUUAAUGUGUCUUUCUACAGGGUUAAAUUACAUCAUCAUGGGGCAGGUUGAUGAGGAUGGCCGGGCCAAAGUUUUCCCAAACAGUUUUGUCAUGAGUUUCAAAACAAAGAAUCAGAAGAUGCUGAACUCUUUGAAAUCGAAGAGAUGUUAGAGGCUUAGCAGUAUUGCAUUACUAUCAGCUACUGAGACUGUACUUGCCCUGUUUCAGGAGCCAGAUGAUAUGGAUCUCGUUUAAAUCCAGCAGAAUUGAAGAUGCAUAUUUAAAAAAAACUAAUUCUAUGCUCCUCCAACAAGGAAUGUGCUCCCAUAUAAGCUUCUCCCAUUGAGAUUGUAAACUGAACUGUUCUAGGUUCUGACUACUUUAUAGCUGUUUAUUUAUAUAUUUUAACCCGCUAAGGAUCAGUGACAUUCAAUGCUGUCAUUCCAAUCUGGUCCUUAAAUAUCUUUGGGAAUGAACAUGAUUGUGGUUCUUCCAAGUUUUUAAGGUUUUAUUUUUUUCACAGGUCCCCAAUGGUUAUAUGGGGGCCAUAUGGACCAUAUGCCUAUAUAUUGUUUGUUUGUGAAAGGGCUGGGAUGGCCCUUGAGAGGGGCCUCAUGAGUAUUUCAAGAUCACUUAGUUCUUCCUUUGAUGUUGGCUCUGACUGAACCAUUGCCAACAAAAAAAGAAAAGUAGUUUGUUUCUAGUAUACCCCAUGGGGACAGAAACAUGAAAUGCUAUAAAAACAAAAAAACCUUAAAGGGAUACUAUAGAGCUAGAAUUACAAAUUUGUAUUCCUAGCACUAUACUCACCUCUGGCCUCCCCUUCCUCGCGCCCCCAUCCCCUACACUCAUUAAGCAUUGACUCAAUACUUUCUGACAUGCAGAGUGUGAGGACAUCCAAUGUCAAUAAGUCAACCAAAAGUCGCCUAACAAGCAGGAAGUGCCUCUAGUGGCUGUCUGAUUGACAACCACUAGAUGCAGUCUUAGUCCUUCAUUGCAGUUUAUCUAAUCCUACAAUUGUUUCCUUUUCAGGACUAAGUGUGACAGGGAUAUUGCACCCAUAUCACUUCCUUUUAAAAAGGGCGAUUGGAAGAAAUAAAUAGAUUUGCCACAAACUAUUUACAAAAGUGAGAAUUGUCAAAUUUAAUUCACAGUGAAUUUAAAAUUUUAAACCAAGCUGAAGAGUAUUUCCAAUUCAGCUUCUUUAGCCUUAAAUUUUAAAUUCCCUUUGAAUUCACAUUGAAUUCCCAAAAAUUCUCACUUUAGUAAAUAAAGCUGAACAUGUCAGAUGCCUAAGAUUGCUAUGACAUUAUAGAUUGUUAGAGGUCCUUAAGGGUUAAAAUCAUGAGAUUGUGUUUUUUUGUAAUGACUAAUGUGGUGAUGUAACAAAAUUUUAAGUGCAAUAUUUAUAAAUUUAUGUCUUUUUUUUAUUGCUGAGCAUUUUUCAGUGUAAUAAAGAUUUUGACACUGGUUUGUGCAUAUAGCUUAUGCUUAAAUUAUAUAUGAGAUUGCAUUAGACCACAUAGUGAAUCUAUCUAAUAGUGUAGUGGAGUUGGGUUUUUUCCUCUCCCCUCAUUGUUCCUUCUAAACUUACCCUUGCCUUCUCUCUGUUUUUCAUCUUUUGAAGUCCACUCUGUUUCUUCAAUUCUCUCUCAGCAUGUGUUCCCAUUACCUACCAUCAAUCUGGCUCUCAUCUACUCUUCCUUGAUCAUUGCUUCCCUCAUCUUUGGUUACUUCAAUAUACCUAUUAACCAACCUAAAAGUUCAAUAGCAUCUAGACUUCUAUCUAUCACCCCUCCUUUGGUCUUACUCGGUGGUUGAACUCCCCUACACACAUAGCCGACAAUAGUCUUGACUUUGUUUUUUCCAACUUUUGCUCUGUCUCUAACUUCUCUAACACGCCUUUCCCUCUGCCUAACCAACAUCUUCUCACCUGCACUGACAAUGUGUCAUCAGAAAUCUAAGCUCCUUGAUCUGACACUUCUCUAACCCUUUUCAAUCUCCACUUUCUCCUCUCACAACUCUCUCCUGUCCCUCUCAAGCUAUCUUAUAAAUACCAUUCUGUCCUGUCUAUUGCUCUAGAUAAGGUUGCAACAAUUAAAGUUUACUCUAAUCACCAACCACGCCUUUAACUGUGCUACAAGAAGCUCACCCCUUAUCUCCAACUAUGCUCCCGUAGCACAGAAUAUUGUUGGAGAAAGUCUUGCACCACACCUGAUUUCCAACAUUACAAAUUCAUGCUAUGAUUCUAUACUUCCACCCUCUCCGUUGCGAAGCAAGAGUAUUUUAUCUCUAUCAUCUAAACCUACUCUUCAACUUCUUCAUACCUUUAACUCACACAUAUUAACUCUCAAUGUGCUAAAUACCUGGAAAUCAAGAUACUAACUAACUAAUUGGUAUGACACACCACAGAAAAUUCUCAAAUAUCUCCAGGAGGUAUCAGAGGUUGGACAUGGGAGGCAGGAGCAGGGGCUCUCCUUCACAUUUUUUAGGAGUGUCCCCUCAUUCCUGAUUGUAAGCAGUUCCAUGAAGUGCUACUGGCAGACAAGGAAGUGGCUUUCAACCCAGCUGAUAUUCUGUUUAACAAGUCCACUCUGCCAGUAUUGAAAUACAAGAAAACGAUGUCUAGGCAUCUACUUACGGCAGCCAAAUCAUAGAUCCUUGCAACAUGGCGAGGGAAAGAACUAUCAACAUUUCAGACUUGGCUUCAGAGAGUCGAGGAGAUCAGGCAGGUUGAGGAGGGGAUAGCAGCAGUUGGAAGGUGGUUGGAGAAGCACAAAGAAAUCUGGAGAACAUGGACAUUUUACAAGAGAGUAGCCAGAUUACUGACUAGUCUGUAGUGAUGGAGUAGAGUUGACUGACAGGAGGAUCACGGCUCUACGGAUCUGCGGACCGUGGAAGACAGGGGUGGGCUGAAGAGGUGGGACCUCCUCCCCUUCCUCCACUCCCCUCCUGCUUCCUACCCUUCUUCUUCCAUUUUUACCACCUCCCCUCAAUCCCUCCCUUUUUUCUUUCCUUCUUCUUUUCCUCGCCAUCUCUUCCUGGCCUUGCCCCCUCCCUUCUUCUAUUCUAAUGUACCUGAUGUGAUUGUCUAGAAUGACUACUUGCUCACUAUUGUUCACACUCUACACUUCGUACAUAGAUGAUAUGGGUAGACAUGGGUUAAGUGUAGCAGCCUACCAGGGAGAGCAAACUAUGCCUUGGUCCACUUCCCAGGUUGAACAGGUUCUGGGGCUUGUUAGUUAAUACUUAAGUGCAGAAGGUGAACUACUACUUAAUUAGACAUCCAACCGUACCCCGGACUGAGUAACCACAGUAAAUUCGUGACUCGUGCCCUAGCUGCUUUCUCUAUGAAUAUGUUUAUGUUUACUUUACUUUGACAAAUGCCACCCACAGCGCUAUCACAUUUUUAUUUUAUAUUUUGUGUUACAUUUUAGAUAGGGGGUCGAGACAACGCAGAUCCCACUUUGGUUUGGUUGCAUUGUUCCUUAUAAACUGGGUUAGACCAUCUUGCACUUUUUUUAUAUCAGCACAUUAACUAGCCAUGUGAAACAUCUUAGCUAUGUGAAAUGCAUACUUUUUUUAACCUAUGUCUGACUGUUCUUUCCAGUCACUGAUUUACUUCUGUAUAUCAUUUUACUUGUAUUUUAUAUAACGUGAAUAAAAUAAAAAGAGGUGGUC